CGAACAUCGUCGACGGCUGUUAACGGUUUGUAUAUGAAAUAAUAUUCCGUAUAGAAAUGUAACAGAAUUUUGUUUUCGGUUGAAUCCUGACUAUGGGCGUAAAAUGUCGAAAAACAAACCAUUUAUUUUCACUUCUCCCCUCCACUGAACAAAAACAGUUCUUUAUAACGUUCCGCGGUCGAAAUUUCCAACAAAACAAUUUUUUUUUAAUAUAUUCGCUAUUUAUAGAUGCCGCCUAAAAGGCUUGCAAAGUUGUAAAAAUCGAAAUUCCGUACUACAUUUGAUGUAGGUCCCAAUACGAACAGAUAACCUUUGUAGCAUUCCCGUUAUGAUUAAAUUAGGUUGGAAUCAAUCCAAGAUCCAGAAAACGUCGGUGGACGGCUGGCGUUUUUCUGAGUCCAUAAACUCCUUUUUUAAACCGGGACAAUCUCGGCUGGAAACGGGAAAAUCGAAAAUUAGACCGCGGGAAGUUGGGGGAAAAAAAGGAGGGGAACCUUUCGAGAUUUUGACUAUUUUUUUUUUGCGAUCCCUAAAGUCAGACUUCAACCUUUAUUUUAAAUUUUUUUGGAAAAUUCGCCGAGUGAUUAGGAAGGUAUCAGCCUACAGGUAUAGCCUACAGAAUCGAAUUAAGACAUGCACUUUUACUGUAGAAAUAUUCGCGUUGAAUUGAAUUGAACCGCACAAUUUACUGAACUAUUGACCAAACUACCACGAGGGGGCGUAUUUACUUUUGAGGGGGGGAUGGGUUUGACGCUGACAAAUGAGCCCAUCCCGAGUAUUUUUACAUCCCGUUUUUAAUCAGCAUAACUGAUAACACGUCACGCAGACGUCGAGGAUAAAUACAAAAAAAUAAAACUGCAACUGUUUCGCGUUAUCAGUUUUUAUUAUGAUAUUUAAUUCCAACCCGUAUUAUUAUUAUAAUUGACCGGUUGUCGUCAAUGAUUGAUCAAUUUUCAUUUUUUUUUUUUCUAAAUAAAACAUCCUACAAAAAAAACGUAAAUACGCCACCGAACUACCGGUACUAAUACUCGAACAAAUACAAACGAAUUGAACAAAACAAAUAAAAAACUGAAUGGUUUUAAUGAAAUCGGGUUGUUGUGGGUACAAUGGACGCAGGUCACCGCCAAUAAUGAAGCGAUUUUUACGUCGUGGCCGCCUAAUGUCUUUUAUUUUUUUUUUUUUUAAAUAUCUUUUUGUGUCCGAAAAGUGAAAACAACUUGAAUAACUCGAAACUGUAAAUAGGCGAUUGUGGAUAAAUUAAGACGCUUAAGCCGUGUCGGCAUUCAAAGUUCUUGACAUUAAUUAUUAUACACGCAUGGACACUUCCCUCCAUUCCUCUUCCCCUCGUCUAAUAAUAAUUAUAAUAUAUCGGUAUCUGCACCGGUAGUUAAAACGUCCGAAACGUAAUACCUGCAGUUCGCACGCGCAUAAUAAACAACCUGCGAAAUCCAAUUGAAUGUUCCUAUAAAUCGUUAUUCGAUACAAAGUACAUACUGUAAUAAUAUUAUUUCAACUAUGGAACUUUCUGUUUCACGUGUACACGUAUUUCAUAAAACCGUGUAUGCAUGUAAUUAUUCACGUGUUUCCGGUACUUUCUCUACGGAUCUGUCCGCGUGAAUAACACUAAAACACGGAUUGUAGACUCGAGUAUACUUUUUUUUUUUUAUAUUUAUAUAUAUAUACACAUAAAAGGUGCUACAUAUUAUAGUCGGAAAACUAUUUCUCGGUAAAGAAUUUUUUACAGUCAGUAAAUAAAAAUAAACAUGCCGUAGUAUAUUUUAUAAUAACGAUUUAGAUAAGCGAGAAGGGAUCACAAACAGCACGGUACUUCCUUAUCUUUUAUUAAACAUUAUCGUUCUUCACGACAAUUUUCUAGAAAUUAAAACGAAUAUUACUCAGAGUCUAUUUGAUCGGAUAUGAAUGUAUGAUACAUUAAAAAUGUCAAAAUAAUAUUUUUACAAAAAAACUAUAUUGAACAUUUUUAAAAGUGACCAAAUAUAAAGUAAUUUUUUUCAGUGAUUUAGCGACGAAAAAAAAAUGAUUUUGCUCUACAGUGUCCCACUGACCCAAAACCUGUUUGGAAAAAAAAAAUAAAGAAUGAUAAGAGUUAUAUAACACUGCAGUACACCCUGUAUAGUUUCGAGAGUACGCUGCGGUGUAUUCGUUUUCCCACUCUCAAAUAGCGUAAAAAUGAAAUUUGAAAGACUCGCCUUAUAUUUAUGUUUUUAUCUUGGUUCGAAAUUUAAAAAUUUGAAUAAUAAAUUUACCUAUUUAAAUUCGCAAUAAAACAUCGAGUAAUUGUUAGCCGUUCGAUUAAAUCAAAUACGGAAUGAUUGUGUGCAAGGUGUUUAUAAAAUGCACGCGUAUUGCGCCUACGCUCUCUAAACGCAGAAACGCAACGAUUUUAAUGUCAUAAUUUAUACAUGUUUAUCGAUGUACAAUUUAAUUUAAUACAAUUAUUUAAAAAAUUGAAAACUUAAAUAGCCGUCGGUAGGCAGGUAGGUAGGUAAGUAUGGUUCACCUAAUGGACGCCUUUAAUGUACAUAUUAUCUUUUAACGAUCGUAUUAUAAUAUCUCUCCAGACCUGAUGGAAUUUUUCAUUAAAAAAACAAAUUACCCGUGCUAUGUCCUCAGUAGGCUUAAGAAUAUACAUACAGUAUAUUAGUUUCUCAACGAACCGAAAAACUAUGAAGUAAAAUUUCUAAACACGACUCUGGAGUACGAUAAAAAAUGUAAGUGUAAACAUUUUCAUUUGGACACUUUUUUUACCGCUGGUAUUUUCUCAACUUAUUAUUAUAAUUAUAUUUUUAAACGUAUAUUAUUCAAAUUUUUCUUUAAUUAAAAAAUUGUAAAAUAUUUAACGAUUCAUUGUUUGUAAAAUUUAAUAUUCGUACACCAAUUUUGUGUUUUAAAAUAUAUUUAUGAAAUAGUUUUCUUUAAUUGAAUUUCGUUAAAAAUCAUUUAAAUAUUUAAAAAUUUUUUUCUAAAAUAUAUUAUACGAAAAAUAAAAAUAUCAUAGGACAAGAUUUUAGUAAUUAAUAGAAGAGAGCCACAAAUAUCGAACAUAACAAAAGUUAGCGUAUUCGUCAGAUCUCUAUUGGACAAUAUAUAUAAUAAUGGGAAAAAUGUUAUGUUAUAAUAACAUUAACUUUAUAUAUUCCGUAAUUAAUAUUAUAGUUUCGAUAUUUUGAAGAAAAAUUUGCCAUUAAUGUCCGAGAAAAUGUUUCACGCGACUUGGCAUGACGACACUGGUGCAGACCAAGGUGGUGAAGGGUUUUAAACACAUUUUUGAAAAACUGUAAUGGUAAAAUUUUUAUUAAAUUAACUAAUAUGUUUCGAAAAGUGAAAGAUAUUGAUAUAGAUCCUAUUGAUUCUUAAAAUAUAAAUGGUAAUAAACCAUAACUAUUAAUUUUGGAUGAAAAACUAAUUUUGUUAUCUUGAUUGAUUUUUUUUUUCUGCAACCCUGGUUUACGCUAACUAUAGUGUUAGGGCGGUAAAGUUUUAAAUAACUGCGGGAUCACGAGGUGAAGAUAAUAAUAAUAUUUCGGUGUAAGGUUUUGGACGGGGCAAACUUCGCAACCGUCGUCGUCACCACCUCGGUAGGUCGCGACGGGCGUGUGGCGUCGGUCCAUAGAGACUAUCAUGUUUCGCGACCAAAACAACUAUGCUAAUAUUUUAUUAUAAUUAACUAAUGACACAACGCACCUCCCUGUCACCCUACCCUACCAUCCGUGCAUUAAUAUUAUUUCAAAAAAAUUCGUAUUUUCAAAACAUUCGGAAUGAGUAUCUCGACAAUAGAACGAAAGCAAAAGAGCUAAAAUCCAUUAAUAAUUUUGUAAAUUAAAAAAAAAAAAACAUUUCAUAAAUUAUAUUUAAAUAUUAUUUAUACAGACCGAAGGUAGAAUAUUUGUAAAAUCCGGUUAUCAAAUUAACGUAAGACACUCAUUAACUCGGAAAGUAUUAACUUAUUUUCGGAAUUUGUUUUUCAUAACAAUUAAGAAAUUAGCAGCUCAAAAAUCUUACAUUACUUUUCGUACCUUAAAAUAAAGAUGAUAAAAAAAAAAAAAAAAAUAAUAGAAAUGUAUAAUUUUAGAGCUUCACUCAAGAGAUGUUCUAAUAAAAACUUAUUCCUGCAAAAAGUACAUACUUUUCAAGAUAAUGAAUGUCUUAGAUUAUGUUGAUCACCUUGAGUUUAUUUGAAACUACAAUCGAACAUUUUAUGUUUCGAUAAGUUAAAAAUCAUCAGGCAUUGGUUGGAUACCUAGAUAAAAUAAAUUACUACCUAGUUGCAUAGGUUCACCCAAUAGAAAAAAAAAAAAAAAUGUUAACAUUCUACGGAUAAAGUAAAAAAUAUUGAUUAUUAUAACUAUUUGUUUGACGCCGACACAUCAAUAUUUAACAGCUAUUGCAUAUACUUUUUUCAUUACAAGAAUGAUAAAUGAAAUAUACAUAAUUUAUUUCUAAUUUAUUAAGUAAACAUUUUUUUUUACUAUAUUUAGUAUACAUUCUUCAGCCAUUUUAUUUUUUAAUCUACGUAUAUUUUUUGUUUUUAUGCAUUUGCGUUUUCUCGUUUGAUUUUUCGUAUAAUCGAAUAGUUAUAGGAAUAACACAGCAGUAGGUCGGUUCAUCAGACAAGGCGAGUAAGGCACGUAAAUAUAAACAAAGUAAACCAUUAUAAAUGUUCUCUUUAAAAACCACAAAUUGAAUUUCGUUCAGAACGAUAUUAUAAUAUAAUAUAUAAUAUUGUAUCGUUCGUUUUUCUAAAAAUGUAACGUUCAUAAUCGGUAUACAUAGUAAUGAUUCUUUAAUUUUCCAUACAGCUAACGUAGCCUAAGAUCAACCAAAACGAUAGCGAUAACUGCAUCCCGUUUUUCUAAAUUUCCGAUAGUAUUUGAAUAUUAUAAUAUGUGUCUUGCACGUGUACGUCAACGGAUUUUCCGUUUAAAUUAUUUUAAAAACAUUCAUCUUACCACAUAGAAAGCUCGUGGAGCCGCCACUGGAAUAAUAAACGCAUUUCGAAAUCGUAAGGCCGCCGAGACACGUUUUCCGGUCUUUUUUUUUAACAGUAGACGACGGCGGGCGCCCGUUCAAUAAGGUUUAACGUCGCGAAUCGACGCGAUUGGAACCGUGCGAAUCGGAUAGAUUUCGGGAUAAGGGGCGUGUUAGAAAUCAAAAAUAAAAACAGUAACAAUACAUUUUGGUGUUGUCUGCGAAACAAUAUAAUAAUGUUUUUCUAAAAAAAUGACCACUGCGCGAAAUAUAUUUAAACGUAAAAACCAUAACAAAAACAUGAACAUUCUGACCGGAGAUUUAAUUUAGUGAUGGCAGUAUUAUUGUACGACGUAGUGUCCAAAAAAAAUCAUAAUAGUUUUUUCACAUCCGUUUUCUAUAUUGAUUUAUAUUAUUGAAUAAAUAAUGCGUUUAUUACUUUUUUUUUUUUGCAAUUUCGUAAUUGAACAAACCAUAAAGAAGCAUUUUACAUUAAGCACAAGUUUCGUUAUAAAUUUGUACAAAAGAAAGAACAAAUAAAUCAAAUAGAAUAAAAUUAGCUUGGUUUUAGAGAUUUGGCACAAUGAGCCACUGAUCCACUGAUAUAACUUCACGGAGAGGAGUAUAAGGAAGGUUAAUCAUUUAGCAGGUCACGACAACAAGUUCAUUGUAGGCAUCUUCUAAGGUGACCGGGAAUAGUGGCAACAGAAAAGAGGGCUGUGACGUUUGUGUAAAGAUCCGAAUAAAACAUACAUAAUUAAAACAUUUUUUUUUUUUUUUUUUCUUAAUAUAACAUUAAAGAUAUCCUUAUUCAUACUUCGAAUAUUUCGUUUUAUCUUUAGUGUAGGGUUCACUUUAACAAUAUGCUCACUUCGGUACACAGAAAUAAACAUAAUAAUUUGUUCAGCUUUGGUACCUACGCAUAUACGUCGUAUAUUAUUAUAACGAUCCAAUUAUUAGUUUAUAAGCGUCUAAAGAUUAGAGAAGCUGCAUAAUGUAAUACAUAUUAUUAUUAUUAUUUUAUGACAUAUAUCAUAUUGUAAUGCGCUUGUCUCUAAAAUAUUAUUAUUUACACCUCAUAUCUGAACUUUAAUGAGUAUAAAAUAAAUUAUGAACUAUAUAUUUUAUCAUUAUAUUACUGUUUUACAAUGUCCUCUAUAAAAUUGGUUUUCUCUUUGUGUAAAAGUAGUAAGUUUUUCUGUAAGUAUUCUUCGUUUGGGUUUUGUAUUCAGUCAAACGAAUUACUUAUUCGCCUUCGAUGUUCUAAUACUUGUUGAUUUUUUAAAUCUUAGUACACACAAGUACACAACAUAUUUUAUAAUACUCCAGGCUUUGUUUUGUUGUUGUUAUCCCCUUUUUAUAUUGAUUUAUUUUUUUUGCGUGUGAAUGUGAUUUUUUUUACAUGUAUUUACUUUUAGAUUCUGAGUGUAGCGAAGAAUGUAUUGGUUUUAUAAAGAUAUUUAUUAUUAUUAUUUUUUUUUUAUGUAAACACUUUUUUUACCAGUAAGCUGGAGUAAGCUUACAUCGGAGUAAUAUAUAAGAUGUAGAUACUUUUCUAAAAGGAAAUUUCCUCGGGGAGGUACUUUGAAGAGGUCAUUCUUUGAUUUUCUCAGGAAUUUUCUCAUCAAAUGUGAAAAACCAAAAAAAACGAGAAAUUCUAUUAGUAAGGUGUUACAAUUAUUUUUUUCACUCCGAUAACACUUUUUCUAAAAUGAAAUCUUACUGGUGAGUUAAUAUAGAGAAGUAAUUUUUCGAUUUUACCCACGAGUUUCCCAACAAAUAUGAAAAACCUAGGAAACAUAGGAAAAAACAGGAAAAUCAGUACAAUAUUUAACAAAUAUUAUUCAAAUAAAAAUAUAUAAUCCUAAUUUAGUUAUUUUGACAUAAUAUGACAUAUAUCGUUGACAAAGUAUCAUUGAGGAGGCUGGGGUAAUGUAUACCAUAAGUUCUAUAUUUGUUGAACACUAAACCACUAGAGACAUUUCUCAUAUUGUUAAGUAUAGGUAAUAUGAUUAAUUUGCUAUUUAUGAUUCGUCGAUUACAAAAUAAUUAUAAAAAUUAUAAAAAUUGAUUUUAAAAUUAAAAUAUUUGUAUUCCACAUCGUACGACCUGUACCAUAAAAUGAGAAUAAAUCCCCGUCUAAAUUUUUCUCAUUUGAAGAAUGACAUUUUAUAUUAUUUAUGAAAAAAUUUAAUAGAAAAUUGAUUUUUCAAAACGCUUUUUCUCGAGAAAUAAAAAUGACGACAAAUCGUAUUUGUUUUAAAGAUUAAAGAAAAAAAUGGAAAAAAAAAAUUAGGUAAUUUAUUUAUAACUUUUAACGUUCUAUAUUGCUUGCAUUUAAAAUAACAAUAUGGUUAAUUGAAUGGAAUAUUUAUUCAUUAUUAUUAACAAAAAAUAUAAUAUCAUGCCUCCAUGGGUGACUUUUGUCGUUUGUUAUAAAAUUAAAGACUGGAGCGCCGUUAAAACACAUUAUGAUAAAAAUUAAAACAAUAAAUCAAAAUACUAUUAUGUAGCUAUUUACUUAUUAUACUUAAUAAUCUUAAGGACGUUUAUAUUAUAUUUAAAAAAGUAUUUACUUUUUAAAAAUUAUAUAUUAUACCUAUAAUUAUGAUGUAUUGUAUAUAGUUGAUUAUUUAAACAUAGAUAGGUACUAAUAUUAAAUUAAUUUAAAUUGUACGUGUAGUAUUAUCAGGAUAAAUUUCUUUUCGUUUAUUAAAAAAUAAAAUUAAUAGAUGAUAUAGUUUCCAACAUAUGAAUUUUUUGGGCUGGUGGUACUCUAUUUGAAAAAAUUGAUAAUACAAUUAACACAUUGGUUACAUGCAUUAAACUUCGAUGGGUGAAUAAUAGCCUGAAUAUAUAAUUGAAAUAUUCUAAAUUAUUUAAAAACAAAAAAAAAAUUUAGUGAUACAUCAGCUUUAAAAACAAAUGAACAAUCAUUUGUAUUUAAUUAAAAAUAAUUUAAUAUAAAUUAGUACUUAGUUUUGGAUAUUAUUACUUAUCAAGGUAAUACUGUGGGUAUUGAAACACUAUUUUGUUGCCUAAGUUUUAACAUUAUUUUCAAGAUAAUAUCGAUGAUUGUUGGAUGAAGGCAUACGGCUAUUUUCUUCUCAUUGUAAACAACGUUCAAAUUUUUCUAAGACCCCAGAAUAACUGAAACCCGCUUUACUUUUAUUUAAAACCACUUUUAUAUCCGAAUUUUUUCAAAUUCGAUUAACGCGGAAUAUCGUAAUUAUAAUCAUCAAUCAUUGUAUUUUAAGUUUAAAAUACACAGAAACGUUUAGGAAAUAACGCGGUGUCCUGUAAAAGUUUCAGGACGGAGUGUGUUUUUCUGAUUUUACAUAAAUAAUUAACAAGGGUCUAAUUUAAAUGUACUGUUUGCAAUUGAAGUCUCGUCACGCGCACGCAAACUGCUAAUAUAACCAAACGAGUGUCAACACAAAGACAACGUCAUACUUGAGCUCUAUAAACGGGAACAGAAUACCUAUGUAGAGACGGUUUUUUUUUUUAUUUUUGUACGGUUUGAAACACCGAAGGAAAAAAAAUGCUGUUAAACGAUUCGAUAUCGAAUGACUAUACAUAAUCUGACCAUACUAAUAUAGCUAUAAUAUUAUCCUCGUUAAUAAAUGCAUAAAUUAGUACGUAUGUAGGUAAACAUAUUAUAGAUAUUUGUAAAUGGUAAUUUAUUAAUUAUUUUGUGUUAAGUAUGGUUAAAACAACAACAAUUUAUCUAUUUUUAGCUUCGAAGGCCAUUUAAGGAUUUUUGCUACACAGCCUCUUUCCCAUUCUCCACUAUUAUUUGCUACUACUUUCAGAUUAUUGACUCUUAAUUUAUGGAGUUUCUUGGUUAAUUUUUUUAAAUUUUUUUUAAUCUUCCCAGUAGUCUUUUAGCAUCACGGAUUUCCAUUUUAGUUUGUUAUAUUAUUCGAUCUCCCAGACAUUUUUCUUCAUUUAAAUGUACACGGUGAUAUUUUUUAUCAUGACUUAGUAAUUAUCUCAGAGGAUUUAAGUGAAUUUGGUUUAUGUUUUUCAUAAUCAUCACGGAAUCGUUUAAGUUUUAUUUUAAAAACAUUUUUAAUUUUUUGCCUCUACUCCAUGUACCUUGAUUAAGUACAUACUUUUUAUUUUCAAAUAGGCAACCCCCCCUUUUGAACACAGAUUCCAGGGUCACAGAUAAGCAAUUUAUUAUCCUCCCCUACCCUCAGGUCUAACCUUUAAACUGUUAUAACUGAUAAAGGAUAAAUCUGGUAUUAGUGUUAUGCCUAUCAAAAUUUCUAGAAAAAUAUUCUCAUUUCAAAUCUGUGUUCAAAAGGGAGAGUUCCUAUUUGAAAAUCAAAAGUAUGCACUUACCUAAGGUACAUAGAGUAGAGGUAAAAAAUUAAAAAUGGUUUUAAAAUAAAGUUUAAACGAUUUCAUAAUGAUUAGAAAAAACAGAAAUCAAAUUUACUUAAAAUCCUUUGUGAUAAUUGUUGGUUCAUGAUAAAAAAAUCACUUUGUAUAAGCAAUAUAUAAUCCUCUUCGAUAAACAAAUGUUCUAAAAUCAUAUUUGCUUGUUUGCUCAUUGUUAAUUUGAGAUUCUGAGCGAAGCGAGAAAUGUAUUGGUUUUACAAUGAUAUUAUUUUUUUUUCAUUUAUUAAAAUAUUUCAAAAUUUCUUCUAUUUUCUGAAAAGUAAUUUAAACUAGUUAGUAUUUUAUUUAGAUUAAUGGACAAAUGUUUAGGACGUAACGAUUUCAUGAAAAUCAACAAGAAACCUUUCUUAUUGAAUUUUUAAUUUAAUUGGUGAGUAAGAAAGUCAUUUUUUAAUUUUUUAGGCCGUUUAAAAAUAAUUCGGAAAACAAGUAAAAUUUGAAGGCAAAAGUUUUCAGUUUGGUUUUCUUUUUGUAAUUCAGUUAAACAUAUUUGUAGAGACUUGAAAUUUAAGCAAAAACUUAUACUUGCAUAUUAUAGACGUAAUACAUUUUUUAAAACAUUUGUGCAAUUUUUGAGCUAUUUAUAGACAUUUAAAUUUUUUGAGUUUAUUACAUAAUUUGUGUUACUACUCUAGUAACUACUCUGAAGAUCAAGUUGUAAAACUAAAUAGAAAUACAUGAAAAUUGAACAGGAGGAUCAUUAAAAGUUAUAUCUUCUGAUAAAAGAUAAAGUUUUAAUGUUUUUUUUUAUUUUUUUUUAUAAGAGUUUAAAAAUUAAAUGUUAACGAUUAUUGUAAAUAUUACGGCCUCUAUAACAUGUGCAACCGAACUUUGCUCCGAAUUUUUUUUCGUUAUAACAAUAGUUUAUCGUCGCUUACGGAUAUAAAUUAAAUAUUUUGGUCUACUUAUCUUAUUUUCUCAACGUCCCAUCUACAAAAUUGUCACACUCGUUCUCAUUGAUGGCACUUUUUCUUUUUUCUUUUUGAUAAUAAAAAAAUGAAAAAAAAAUGAUUAUAUUAUUAUGAGAAUUAUAGCAUUAAACUAAUCUCGGAUUGCAUAAACGAAAAAUAACUGGUUAUUAAUCCUAUUUCGUUCGAUAGAGUGAUUGUCUAGUUUAAAAACUGCUUAUAAUUUAUCGGCUUGAAGGUUUCUGUUUAAUUAAUAUUGUAAAACAAUUCGAUUACUUGAUUAAACUGAUAUAAAAAUGUAUUUUUCAGUUUAAUAUACUUUUUCUUGUCAUACCAAAUUGUGGACACGUUAAUUGUUUCGUUAAAUAUAUUAAAAUAGUUUUAUAACACGGAAAUAAAUUUAUCUGAAUAAUUGUCAUCAGACACGAGAGUAUGAUUAAACAAUUUUUGUUUAUAAUAUCGUGAUAAAACCCGAAUUAUCGUUAUAAAUUGUAAUUGUAUACCAUAGAACCAUAGAACAUGGAAACAACAGACUUUAUGGGCACAAUAAAGUUUUAACCAUAGGUUAUCGAUAUGAUUUUUAUAGAAUAUUGUUUAUGCAAUCUGGCACAAGAGUGCAAACUGUAUUAAUCCACGGAAUAGUUGUUUGUCCCAAGAAUAAUGUGACAAUAUAUAAUAAAAACAUCGAAAGCUCUCGAGAAAAUCGAAAAAUGACUUCUUUAAAGUACCUCCACACCGAUUCCCUUUCAGAAAAUAUGCCGUACGUAUUAAUCGGAGAAUAUUCUCUGUUAGAAAAGUUGUCCACAGAAAAAAAAAACAAAUAAAUCUUUGUAAAAUCAUAAGCUUUUUCACUCCUCUCAGAAGAUUUCGUUUCUUACUCGGGAUGUCCUAGGCUUUGUCAGAAAUAAUAUGCAAAUGCUAAUACUUUCUACCUACCUUUUUCUGAAUAAUUUGGAAACACUGAAAUGUGUCAUUCUGAAGGUAUUAAUAGCAUUGGAUUAACUCGAUACCAAGAAUAAUCUUUGAAAUGCUAUCUGCGCAUAAUAUUUACAGGCGCUGAUUGGUAAAGAUUAAUUUAUUUUCCUACAAUUUUUCGGUUCGUUAUUACGAAAGAAUUACCUCCUCAUAGAGCGUAUAUUAGUUUUGGAAUAUGUGUGUUUUAUAGUGUUAGUUCGAAAGAUAUCAAACGUCUAAAAAUAGACAUCUUGGAAAUGUCGUCUGUGGGAUGAGGAGUUCACCUAAUCUAAUUGGGGACCGACGAACUCCGGGCUCAUAAGGUGAACGUUCCACGAAUUUACUGUCUUUGGGUUUUUCACGUGACGCAUUUCGAUAUUUUGUCUUUUCGAUUCUGAGAAUAAUACUAUUUACAUAAUCGAAAUAUAACGGUUUCUAAAAAUAGAUUAACAGAUUUAAUGUUUCACAGUAAUAGAAAUCUUUGAUUUGCACGUAAAAAAAAACUGGCAAAUCGUACUGCCUAUAAUAAGUAGUAAUGGAAAAUUACCUGUGAUAAAUUACGAAAUUCCAUUGACCUAUACUGAAUCGAAUAUUAUAAUCUUGAAAUCAUUGUAAACUACCUAUAAUUUGUUCCCUUCUUAUAACCAUAUAUUAUAAUAACGCGUUGUAUAUUGUCAAAAUGUAAUCUCUUGGUAGACGAAUAUUAAAAAACUUAUUGUAUCAAAAUAAAACCAUUUAUAAUAAUAUAUUUGUUAUAUAGGUACAUGUAGAAAUUAUUAUUUAAUUGCAACUCAGAUUAGGAAGUAUUAACAAUUAUCGGCUGUUUGAAUAAAACAUGUUUGAAAUAUAUUAUUUGUAACAAUGAUCAACUCUCAAAAAUGUCUACAACAGUUUAGUAAAAUAAUGUUUAGUUAUUUAAACAAUUAUACUUUUUGUACAGCUUAUCAUUUAAGGCUCCGCGAUUUCUAUUUUAUACUAUUUUCAUUAUGGCUAAUUUAAAACACAUACCUUAACCUAACAAUGGCGCUAAACCCAUAUAUUAGGUGUGUCGGUCGUUAUACCUUAUUUAAGUGUUGGGUAUACUCCCUAUAAUUAGUAGUUACUAGUUUAGUAUAAAACAUUUUACAUUCUACAAUAACUUUAAAAAGUAGUAAACAUAAUAUUCCAAAUAACUCGAACUAGUCUAUUCCUAGACUGUCAUAUAGCGUGUGCAGUUUGAUUCAAUUAGUAAAAGCAGAGAAUUACGAGUUUAACUAUAACCAUUCGAUUAAUAGUCUUACGAAAAAUAAUCAAUAGUGCCUAAUAAAUUUCUAAAUUUUCAACAACGGCUACAGCUAAAAACAUAUAAUAAAUAAAUGUAAAUGAAAAAGCUGAUACUGAAGAUGGGUGUGGCCACUAUUUCAGAUAGGUAGUUGGGAAAGUAGGAUACAUAUAGUUAUUUAAUUUAUACUUGAAGUUAACUAUGAAACAUUGAUGACGAUAAACGAUUCAGAGAGAAGUCUGAUUAAACAUGAAUUGAAAAGCUUUACAAUUUUUGUCAAAAUAUGAUUUUAAAACUCUUAUAUAUAUAUAUAUAAAAAAAUAAAUACUUUAUUAUUAUACUUAAUUUAAUUUUUGACCAAUAAGUAUGACUUAUAAUUGAAUUUCUGUCAAAUUUUUAAGCAUUUCUGUUUGAUCUAACAAUUUUAUCAAAAGAGUACCUACUGAAUAAAUAUUACGUAAAUCUCACAAAAUUAUAACCUUUAUAAAUAAAUUUACAAAUAGUUCAAAAAUGGCUCAAAUAUUAUAAAUAUUUUACAACUUCUGGAUAAGGUAAAUAUAAAUUCUCUGUUUAAAUGUCAAGUCUAUAUGAAUAUUUUUAAUAGAACCACAAAAAAAAAUUGUAUUGAAAUUAAUAAAUACAUUAUUUUUUUUAAAAAUUCCCAUUCUUUUUACGUUUUUUGAAUUGCUCAAUUAUUAAAAAAAUUACACGAAAAGUCCAAAAAUUACUUUCUUACUCACUAAUAAAAUUAAGAAUUCAAUAAAAAAGGUCUUUUGUCCUUUUUCUAUUGAAUGAAUGUUUAUUGCAUAGAAUAUUGUGUAGGCAUACAAAUUUAAAAUUAUAAAAUUGGUAACUCCGCGGUCGUGGUGCGCGCUAUAAAUAUUUGCCGUUUCGCCCAUAUUUUUUUUAAUGAAUUUUCCCAAUUAUUUUGAAAACCCAUCAGAAAAUUAAAAAUUGAUGUCUAACUAGACAAAAUUACCUUUCGGGUAAAUUGUUACACUCUGUACAUCGGGGCAAGGUUUUAGUUGAAAUGUUGUCACAAACAAAAAGAAAAACAACCUAUUUGAAAAUAGACAUUAUGUUUGGCGACUAGAAACUAAAAUAAUGUAAUAUGUAUACAUUUAUUUUUAAUUUCAGACUUAAUGUUAAAUUUAAUUAAGUUGAUAAUAGAAAAAAAAAACCCGUAUUUGAAUCUCGGGUUUCGUUGCUUUUUUGAAAACUUCUGACGUGUUUAAUCUAAAUUUUGAAUUCUAAUUAUAUUAGUACCAAUUAUAUAAAAAAAAAAAAAAACUUUAAUUUGUAAGUAUUUCCUAUGAUUUGUAACGUCACAGUCUGUCUUUUGGGUACAAUAUGAAAUUCCAAACUAUUCAUAACUCCGACAAUAAUAUAUAAUAAUUGUAACAUCAUUGAUAUUCGUGGUCCCUCUGUUCCCCCCCCACUGGUUCGGUAACUGCGGAGUUGAAUGUUGCUGGACACUGCUGUCAUCGUUAUCAUCGAUGCCGAAGCGCGCCCACAGUCCAACCUGUCAUUUCCAUCAUUAUUGUACAAGUCCCUCCGACCGAUGACACUGCUUUAUCACGCUUAACAACGGUCACCCAACAGCCAGGAACACCGCGGACCCGAAAACGGACAUAUUUUUUUCAACGACCGUUGACUAGCUCUCUUUGUAACUUCACUUUUUUGGCGACCGUUGACCAGCUCUUGUUGCGCUCCGGUUUUUCGACAACCGCUGACGACGUUAACCGGCUAACUAUUAUGUCCAGUACUUUUUAAACACAGGGCCAACUCAUUAUUGUGGACUACAGUCGACGUAAGCCAUGAUGAGCUAGAACCGUCUAGUGGGCCCGAGGCGGGCGAAGCCUAUAACGACAACUCAAGCCGACACACCAUCGUGUUUGUGUAACGUGUACCUGAUCCCCCCACUCCCAAACACAUAUUAAAACUAUGUUGUUUUUGUUUUACUAAUUUAACAUAUCUUUCAUUGACAAGUGUACCCAUCUUUUCUGUUAAAUAUAUUCUCAUGGUUAAUCUAAAAUUUUUUUUUUUUGUAAUCAUUAUAGUGUCACCUAUUUCUCUGCUCCUCAACCAGGUUCUCGUCCAGAAUCAUCUUCUGAAACCUAGCAAUAAAACCUAUGAGUUUUAUCAAUAUAUCUCGAGAGAUACACGGUUCGGCUCAUAGGUUACCGGGCAAGUUUUCCCCUCGCCUAGUGGGUGUGCAUCGGAUAUAACAAAAAGCCCGAGACCUCACAACCUCUUCAAUAGCAAACCAAAUAUACAUAUAAUACUAUAAUACCGGUAUUUAAUUGGGUAUUUGCAAUUUUAUUUAGUAUUUCUAUUUAAAAACGUCGUCGGUAAAUCGUACCCGAUCUACAGUUGGUAUUGUACUUUCAGAUAUACGAGAGAUUUGAUUGUCUAGGAUUUUACUAGUCAUUAUUAUAAGUAUGUAUUAUACCAAACUAUAAUGUUUUGAAGAAAAUAACUUUUUUCGACAUUAUUUUAAACAGAUUAUACUACAGGUUGUUCUAAAAAGAUAUAUGUUCACUGUUAUCUUGGAAAUUAUUAACUUUUUCUGGAAUUUUUUUUCCAACAAUUUAAAAAAUAAUCAGCUCUAAAAUAUAAAAUUAACGUUAUUUAUUUGUUACCAUUAUAACGAUGAGAUGAUAGGGUAAACGACUAUAUAGUUUUUAUUUUUAAUUUAUCUGUCUAAAUUUUAUUAAAAUUAUUUAAUUAUUAUUUGGUGAUACAUACUACACGUCGUGUUAAAUUCGUUAUUAGUUUUUUUUUUAUUUGUUUCUCGGAAAAACUUUUGAGGAUCAAGACAAUAUGUUCAAAUAAUGUAGGUAAAAUUCAAUGAAAAAUUAUCCGCAUCUUUUAACAUAUAUGAUUCAAACAAUCUGUAGAGUGUUUUUACAAAACAAAAAGUGUUUUCGAAGAAAAAUAGGUAUUAUAUUUUAUUUGUUACACAACUACAGCUUUGUAGGCUUUAGACUCAAAAUCUAAAAAAUAGCUAUAGUGAAACCAAGAUCGUAUUUUUAAGGUAAAUACUAUUAGAAUUGGAAUGCAUGUUGCAGUAUUAAGUUAAACAUCUUACAUUUUUUUAAUAUUUUCAUAAAAUAUUACUAUCGGAAAAACAACAUUGAUUUAUUAUUUUCAUGUUUGUCUACUAGUUCAUCCAUAAUGGAUAUAAUAAAUGAAUUGAUUUUUUCUGAUUUAUAUUUUAUAAUUGUAAUAUUAUUUUUUAAACGUCUUGCAAAAAUGUUUUAUUUGGAACGAGAACUAUAUUGUGUUACAUUUUGGUAUGGUAAAAUAUUGUGCUCGCUCUACUUGCGCCAUUUAUUAUGUUUUUACCUGAAAACUGCGAAAACCUGCAAUCAACUCUUUAAUUCAGUUUCUGAGCACUGUACGUAUUUUAUACUAAGACGACGAAAACGUUUGUGUAUCACAUUAUUAUAAUAAGUAUUAUUAUUAUUAAAAAAAUUAAUUAAAGGGUUCUUGAAAAAGAUUUAUAAUAAGUAUAAAGAAUUAUGUUUUGCUGAUGAGAUCGGUGCCGAGCGACGAGCUUAUAAUAAAGUCGAUUAGGUGUUUUUGAAUGAGGUCCUAUGUAGAUCAAUGAAAAUAUCCUUUGUUCGUUAUUUUAUAUAUUAUGUUUUUGAAUAAGUAUUACAAAAACGGUUAAUUUCUAUAAGACAAUAUUAGAAGGCUUUAGUGUUCAAUAACACUCCUCCAUUUUCAAUCAUUGCUUAAUUUAUGUAUCACGAACCCGAAAGGGGCUAGAGGAAUUUGACCGAGUACCCCUAACUCCUUUGUAAGUGUUUUAUAAUAUUAUGCAUAUCCGUGUGAUUUCAAAAAAAAAUUAAUGGCAAAUUAAAUUUAAAUGUAACCGAUUGCUUUAGAGCAAUGUCAACUUUAUUUAUUGUUUUUUUAGACAUCGUAUUUGUUAGGAUUUUUAAAUAUAUAGUAUAGCACAUUUAGAUCUAUGUGCAUUUAAACUACGUUUGUCGUUUUUGUGUGUGGUAUACAUUUUAGCGUCUUUUUCAUGUCAGAUUUCUAGAUCCGCGUCUGGUAAUGUUCGAAGUUUAUUUACUAUCAUAUUAUUGUGCACGGGAAGGAGCAAUAACUAAUAAUUUAAAAACUAAAAAAAAAACGUAUCGUACGAACACGUAGUACUAGUUAAAAUAUUAUUCUAGUUUUUUUUCUGUAUAAAAACGUAAAAUGUAUAUAUUUUAGUGAAAAAUAUUUUACCAUCGUAUUCAAAAUGAGAAAAUAUCGGUAUAUUCACCUGUAGUCUGAACUUUCAAAAAUAUCAAAAAUGAAUGCGCUUUUAUUUUAUUUCUACAAUUUAUAUUAUUUAGAUUUAUAACUUUUACAUUUUGAUUUAGUUUGUAUUGUUUAUGCCUAUAUAAGUCACUGUUUCCUUUAAUAAAACUCAAGGAAACAAAUUUGGUAAUUUAUAUGAAAUAUAACGUAUAUCACAGUACUGUAGAAUUUAGGUACUUUUUAUAAAUGUAUAUGUAGUGUAAAUUUGAUAUUUUCGUUUUAUAAAUAUAGUAUCCAAAUUUAUUAUUUGUAUAUAUAAAUAAAAGCAAACAGACGCUCAUUAAAUAUGAUAAUAAAUUUAAUUACGGAUAUAAUUAUCGCCAACAUUAUCGCUUUAACUAACACGUUCUUAAUUUUAUAAAUACAAGGAGGUCUACAAAAGAUAUACCCAUUAUGAUAUCUCGUGAAGUAUUUACUUUAUCUGGAAUUUUUUUUUUUUUUUUUUAGACAAUUUAAAAUACAAGUAGCUCUAAAAUAUUACAUUUCUGUGAUUUGUUUCCACCCUUAUUUGUGGAGAUAAAAUAGAUACCCGCUCUUGAUCUUAAAAAGACGAAAUACAUUAAAAAAUUACAUACAUAAACGGAGUUUAUACUUAUUACUAUUUAAUAAACUUAUAAGUUAAAUGCAUUAUGGUGUUGAACUUUUCAUAUUUUAUCAACCUGUUUACAAAAUAAUCUUCAUUUCACUUUGGAUAAUUUAUAUGUUAAAACAGCCUGUGGGGGUUGAAUUAUAAACAAAGAAAUCCCGAAAAAAUUAAUUUUUUCUGAGAUAUUGCAAUUGGUAGUUAUUCUUAGAAUACCCUAAAUAUUUAUUAUAUACAAAUAUAGGUAUAUUUAUAGAAAACUAAAUAUAAUUAAUAUAUAUUAAUAUAUUCAAUUUGUAUAGUAUACAGGGUGAUCAACAUUUUGAAAAAUUUUAACUAUUUUUGGAAUUUGUCUUUUAGAAAAUUUAAGAAACACGCAAGUUAUACUUAUAAGUAUAGCAGAAUUUUUGCUCACAAAGUCACAAGUUUUUAUGUUUGAAGAUACAAUAAUUUUCAAAGUUCUGAAAUCUAUUUAAACAACCAAAAUAGUAUACAUUUUCAGAGAAUAAAAAUCAAAAACUGAAAGAUUUAGUAUCCUGCAAUGAUUAUGAUUCUGUCAGGAUUUCCUAUAAACGAUUCAAGUUAGAUAUCACAGGGCGGAAAUUAUGUGUCUUCUAAAUUACUUAUAACUUGAAUAAAUUGUUUAAUUUACUGAUCAAAAUUGUGACUUUGUGCAAUAGUUUAUUGUUUAUUUUAUACGAUUUAACCGUAACCUUAAUAUUUUAAUUAAACUAUUAAAACAUUAAACAACAAUAACGAUUAGCAAAUGAACGAAGGUUUUUCUUCGGUUUAAACACAAAUGACGUAUUUUUGAAUUGCACAAUAGGCUUUUGAAAAUUGAAUUUCGUUUUUGUUGAAAAAAAUCAGGCGAAAUGUCGUUGUUCGGCCGUUUUCCCGGAAAGUUACAAAAGCGUAACUAUAACAGAAUGAAACUGGUGUUUAUAAAACAAAAUCACUAUCGUUAAAUUAUAUUAAUUAUAUCAUAAAUUAUAACGGUAUAAUUAUAUCAAUUUACAGAUUCAGAUAUUUAUGUGGUAUAUUUUAAAUCUAUAACCGUUAACCUAUUUUGUAUUUAUUCUCUAUGAAUAAAAUAAAUUGUACCUACAUACUUCGAUGUUUCGGUAUAUAUGCUUUUCAAUAGUGAACAUAUCAUACGCUUUUUAAUAGCCACUAGUUGGACCAACGCAACAUACAUUCCAUCGAUCUUUGAUGUUUUGUGAUUUUAAAGAGGGGGAAAGAGUUCCCUUAUUGUGGUUCUAUUUUGACUGUCAAUCGUAAACACAAAAUGGCCAUCACAAAUAGUAAUUAUUUUUAUGGCGUACGUAUACGCAAAAUGACAUGUUUAUAUAUUUUUAUAUUUAUCUUUGAUAAUGUGCACAUGGUCUAUUAUAAAAAUAACUAAAGUAAUUUGAGUUAGGUUUUUAAAUAAAGUAAUUGUUACGAAAACAACACAAUUUUGUACACGUGCAAUAUGUGACUGCAAAGUCAAAUUCGUAUCGCAAAUCGUAUAGUAUUUGAUUUGUAAUAAAUUUAAUUUUGUUAUAGCUACUUAUGUAAUAUUAUUUGGCAAUAAUCUUGAACAUUAUAAUAGAUGAUGAUAAUUAUGUGUGUACGCGAUUUAUAAAUAAAAACAAAAAAUUAAUUAAUUAAAUAAGCAAGCAAUUGUGUAAAAAUAUUUAAAAAUGUAGUAAAUAUAUACAUUUUUUUUUUCUUUAAUUUUUAACCUUAAGGUUAGUUUCACCAUUUUUCAUGGUUUCUUCACCUAUUUCUGUCACUAGAAAGCCUCUUCAAAUCGUUUUAAUUUAUUAGACCUACAUCGGAUAUCAUUUUUUGCAUGUACGAUCUUUCAUGGUCGCCCUUUAUAACUUGGCUGAUUAUAUUCCAUUUUCUUUCUUUAUAAAUGUUAAGUAAUUUCCUAAUUUCUUCAAUAUAUUAUAGUACCCUUUCAUUUGUUUGUCUUUCUGUCCAGCUCACUCGCAAAAUAAUUCUUCAGCACCACAUCUCAAAACUUUCGAGGAACUUUUGUUCCGAUUUUUUCAGUAUCCAGGUUUUACAACCGUACAGUUCGGCGUUCCACAUAUAUACUUUUAUAAGCCGUUUCUUAGAGCAAAGUAGGUUUCUUUUAUUCAUAAAUGCUAUUUUUGCUUGAGCGAUUCUUGAUCUUACUUCCAUGGUACAGUUUUCUUCUUAGAUAAAUAUAUACUACCUAGGUAUACGAAACUUUUAACUUCUUCGAUAAUAUGGUUGUCAAUUAUAAUUCUUAAAUUAUUACUACGGUUCUUUUUUUGACACAUUAUUACUUUGAUUUUGUUCCAGUUGAUUUUAAGGUGGUAUUUUGGAAACAUUUUCUAUUUCUUCCAGCGCUCUUUUUAGAUCGUUUUCGCUAUUAAUGAGAAGAGCGAUUUCAUCGGUGAAUCUUAGAAAUUAAAUAGAUUCUUCUCCUACUAUCAAACCAAUUUUGUCUCUGAUGAGUGUUUCUUUAAUUUCAGUAAUAGAUGGUUCUACAUAAAUAUUGUAUAAUAUUGGUGACAGUGGACAACCUUUGUUUACACCUUUUCUUAGUUUAGCUGUUUCAGACUUGUCUAAAACUUGAAUUAUGACUGAUUGUUCUUUAUAAAUGUGAUUAACUAUGUGUCUAUAUCUAUAACUAACGCUUAUUUCCUUUAGUGUUUUAAAUAAAUCUGCUCAGGGAACUGUGUUAAAUGCCUUUUCUAAAUCAAUAAACGCGAUGUAAAAUAUCGUUGUAAUUCUAUUUGCUAAUAAAUCCUAUUUUCUUCUGAACUCAAAUUGAUCGUUACCUAACUGCCUUUCAAUAUUAUGCUCUAUUCAGUUGAUUAUUAUUUUAACGAGGAUUUUAGCUGAGUGAACCAUUAUGCUCAAGGUUCUGUAUUCAUUGUAUUUUUCAGCCGUUGAAUUUUUGGGUGGAGUAAUUAUGAUGUUUUUAUUGAAAUUUUCAGGUAUUUCUCCAGUUAUAUAAAUGCCAUAAACCAAUUUAAACAAUUUGUCUUGAAUUCUUGUACCUGCAAUUUGAAUAAGUUCUGAUGUUAUCUCGUCUACACCUAGGGCUUUUCUAGUUUUCAUUGUCUUAAGAACUCGGUUGAAGUCUUCUCUCAGAAUUAUCACACCUUGCAUAUCUGGGUUAUUUUCGUCAUUUGGACUUGUUAUUUCGUCGCCCUGGUACAGAAUUUCAAUAUAUUGUUUCUAUCUGCAGACCAUGUUUUUAUUGUUCAAUAGCAGAUUUCCAUUUAUGUAUCUUAUUUUACUAUAAGCUUUUGUUUUUCUAUUGCAAAUUUCUUUAUAGUGUCGAACGUUUGAUUCAUUAUAUUUCUUUUAAUUAUUAAAUCUACUUCCUUAAAUUUAUCUUCCAGCCAUUUUUCCCUUGUUUCUUUUGCAUAUUUGUUUAAUUUUUUGUUAAGGUGUUUAUAUGUUCUCAUUUUUUUGAGUAUCAUUGGUAUUUUUGUAGUUCCUCUUUUCCUCAGUGUUUCUUAUAAUGUCUAAUAUUGUCAUUUAUCCAUGUUUUUUUUGGUUCCAUCGUAUUUUGUCUCAGGGUCAUAUUAGCUGCAUUACGUAUAGUUUCUUUAAUUGCUUCCCAUCUUACAUUUAUUGAGUAAAGGUGUUUUUUGUCUUAUUAAUGCUGGACAUAUAGGUAUAUCUAGUCUAGUAUAUUCUUUUUCUUCAUAAAUUCGGUUCUUACUGCUUAUUUGGACUAUUAAUGUAGUGGUAUCCUUCUCCUUCCACAUUGUAGUUGACGAGCCAGUGUUCGGAAAAUGUCCAAGCAACAGUCGUCAAAUCCUUUCAUUGUCAUAAAUUCUAAUGCAGAACUCACCAAUGGUUGGAAAUAGUGGAUACUUCUGCCCUCCGUUGCCUACUUUUAAUUACCUUUAACGAUAAGCCAGAAUUACUGCUGGUCUAUUCUAAACUUUGACCUACAGGGGUCCCCGACCCACAAGGGUCAAUUAUUUUUUUAUAGCGAUUAAAAAAAAAAAAAAAAGCUGAUCCUACUAAUGGGAGUGCCAGUGAGUAGGUAAGAAGUUAAAAAGUUAGGAUGCAUAAGGUUGCUAGUUGCUAUGUAUACUAUCAUGGUGCCCGAUCUAAUACUGAAUAUUAAAUUUUCUAUCUGUUAAAUCCAAUUUUUAUCAUAGUGCACACAACACUAAUAAUAAUACGUUAUUUGGUAUAAUAGUUUCUUAAUGGAAAAUGAUAAAUCUCAAAGGAUGUGGUUAGGAUUACGAGGUUGGCCGUGUAAAUCUAUGUCAAUUGCGUACCUACUAAAUAUUGAGAUGAAAAAAAAAAUUGAAAAUCAAUACAGAAUAUCUAGUUCGAUGAGUAAGUAAGCAUUCAUUUGAUUUCUUUUGUAAAUCAUCCGUAGUUUCUGGUUCACCCUGUACAUUAAUAUACACUACCUAUUGGCGUGUUAAAGAUAUUCGACCGAGACACCAGCUUGUUAAAAAUUUCUCGUCGUUGGUGGUUUGGAGACGGUAAGGGGUGCAAGCGAAGGCGCAGAGGAUAAUAUAUUAUAUUAUUUUAGAAGUACGAGAAUGGUGAAGUGACGUUCAUUAACCGGUCGCGGGUGCGGUUUCCGUGAUACCAUCGAACUAUAUGCGCGAACGCGAUACUCUGCGUGUGAAACGCGACCGUAUAUUUGAACUGUGGUCCCCUACAUGUAUAAUCGUUAUAAAUCCGGUCACCUGUCUGUCCGAAACAGCUAAGUUAUUUUGUACGUAAAAUAGUUUUUUAUUUUUUUAACUACAUUAAAUAGUAAACAAUUUUUUCAUUCUCGGAUGAACUGUGGUGCACCUGAAAUAAGAUAGUGCCCUUCAGGUACCGCGGUAUAUAGGUUGGGAACCACCGCUGUAAAGCAAACCAAGUCCUAUUGUAUUUGUAUAACAAUAUUACUUAAAUAUUACUAUUUUUACAAAAUCGUACCUUAAAUAAAAAAAUAAAAAAUAAAAUAUAACCUUAAGUCUCGGCUGUGUAAAUUAUUUAGCUGUAAAACUCUUCAAUAAAAUAUCACCUUAAAUUAAAUUAAAUACAAUAUUUGUACAACAAUUAAAUAUAGUUUGUUUUACAAAUUAUAAAAAAUGUUAGUAUUUAUGUGUAAUGAAAUAAAAAAUACAAUGCAAAUAUUCAAACAUAUUUAUAUCUUUUUACUUAUGUACUAGCGGAUCCUCUCCAAAUACCCGUUACAAAAAAUGUGUGAUGAAAAGGUUAUCCCUCUUGAAUCAUUUUCUUUCAAUCCCAAACACUAUCACUGCAGUUAACAGGUGUUGCCUGGAGUCUUCAACAAUACAUUUCCUGUAAUUCUUUUUUUAACUUUUACGAAUUAGAGUCAUUUAGUUUCUAAACAUUGAAAACUACCUAUAAACUAUUUGUAUCAAAUCCAAACUACGUCUACUGCUUCUACUGACCAGAUCGUGAAUUUCUACUGUUUAAAACUUUCUCCGCAAUACAAUCUAUCAUUUAAAAAAAGAAAAAAGCAUGACGAUUAGAUGAGUAGUUUCUGAGAUUUUCCCAUACAUCAAAAUGGCACUUCGUUUUCUAUAUAUAUAUAUAUAUAUAUAUAUAUAUAUGUGCAUAUAGUUAGACACAAAGAAAAAAAAUUGUAGGAAAUCGAAUCAAUUUAUACAGUUUUAUUUUUAGUUUUGUCGGUUUUAUUAUUCAAUAAACAUAUUUUCUAUAAUUUUAAAAUGUAGAAUUAUGAUGAAUUGAGAAAGUAAUUUAUUGAUUUUACAAUGUUUAUUUUUUUUUUUGAUCUGCGAAUAACUCUCUUACCAAAAAUAUUGCUCUGAUUUGCAAGUGUAGUGCUUUUUUUUUGAAAAAUACAUUUUAAAUGGGCGGUAAAUUUAAUUUUCCAAUUGGUUUUCAUAAUAAUUGGGAAAAAACUGGAAAAUCGGCAUAUAUGUAUAAAAAGAAACUUCACUCCAAAUUGUUUUUAUUUAUCAAUUUAAACCAUUGAUAAUAGGUAUAAAUUAAAUUCCUCUCUAUAUCCUACCUUUAUAUCUUCUCACCUAUAACAGUAGCCUAUCCAUUUUACGAAGUGGGUCCAGAAUUUUUUUUUAUUUUCCUAUUUUAGUUCAAAUUUAUACGAUUUUUUAAACUAUAUAACAAAUAUCAAAAGGAAAAAAAUCGGAAAUAUAUUUUAAAUAUUUUAAAAUUAAUUAAUUUCCAUUAUUGUUUUUCGGAAUAAAAUAUUAUAUUAAUUUAUAAAACAUAUGUGGACAAAAUAAUUUUAAAAUACCUAGGUCAAAAAACUCCUUUAAAAUAUUGAAAUUGUACCGAAUAUUGCAAACAUUUUGAGAAAAUAAUAAAACUCUACCUACAAGAUUAUCCCGAGUUGAAUAAUUUACUAUCCUUAAUCUAAUAUAGGUUUAGACCAAAGCGAGGCACCGACUACGCUCUAACUAACGUAGUAGAAACGAUUGAUAACAAAAAAACACGCGUUUCAAUAUUUUUAGACUUUGCCAAGGCUUUCUAUACAGUAGACAUUAUGAUAUUACUAUCAAUAUUAGAAAAAAUUAAGCCCUGAGUCUCAUUAAAUUAUAUUUAACACAGAGAAUGCAAUUUGUAAAGGAUUUGAAAUAUUUCGACUAAUUUAGUAGUAUUAUAGUUUACAAACCUUCCACCUCUUAUUUGUCUACUGGCACACCAAGUUCUAUUUUAUUAAAAUAAUGACAUGCAUGCAAAUUUUGUUCUUAAUAUUCGUCCUCGUAUGCAUAUGGAUAAUAGUAUCUUUCCUCUUAAAAAAAUCGUUUUUUUUUUAGUUGGCCGUACGGAUAACGAAGGGCAUAAAUAGGCAAACACCAAUUACCGCGCACGGCCAUGUACCGAAAUUGCCUAUGCAAAACACCGUAUCGUCUAGUUUUCUUUUGAGUAUUGCCCAAAGAUUACCGUAAGAUGUUUUCUUCCUCCUAGCUAAUAAGUUUUCAACAUUAAAAUAUAGCUGGUAUACGUUUGCAUACAUUUGUACAUACAAACUGAAUAAUAAUAUAUUAUGCAUUAAUGCAUCCGGUACUUUUAAUAAUUAUCAGAAGCUGUAGAUGUAUAAUAUUAUCCGCGCAUGUAUAAAAGGAAAUGUCAAUUUCAUUCAUUAGAAACAGGUACUCGUAUUACAGGAUUUUAUUUCCUUUGUCUGACGUACACUGCUACAACUGCAGUAUAACAUGUAUUAUAUUCGCAAUAUAUACUAUAGACGAGAAGAAAAUUAAUUAUUAUAUUGAUAUACCGAAGAUGUUCUAUAAACAUGGUAUGAACUAAAGAGAUGGUUUCUAUCUCCGUAUACAUUCCCCAGAAAAUAAUAUAUAUAAAAAAGAAUUACAACAAAUGAAAAAUAAAUUAAAUCAUUUACUAUAGCGAAUAUUUAGUAUUAAAUUGUUUACAAUUUAACUGUUAAAAUUGUCUUGCACACUCGAAAAGACAUUUAACAAUAUUAUAAUAUUGUAUAAUAACGGUUUUUAUCUUAAUUGUGCCGAUGAUAAAUACAACAAAUCGAACAAUUUCAAGUUUUCCUUUUUAUUUUGUAGUUUUUGUUGUUUUCUUAAAGUUACUGUUUUGUAAAUAAUUAAAAUUAAAAACAGAUGGACAUAUUUCGCACAAUAAGUGGACAAUAAUUAUAACAACAAUGAUAUUAUGACAGAAUAUCAUGUAUUGUAUUGUUGACAAAGCAAAAUUAUCAACAUAAUUCCGCUCAGAAUCGUUUUUUCGUUAUCAAUAGAUUAUCGUUGCUUGCGGAUAUAAAUUAAAUUCUCAGCGGUAGCCUACCUUCCUAACUUCCCCCUUACAACAGUGACUACAUCCACGUGCGAAGUAUGUCCGUCUUUUUUUUAGUCUUAUUCUGGAUUUUCCCACGUAUUAUUAAAACCAUUUAGAAAAUAAAAAAAUUAUUUUCUUAAAAGAAUAUCUAGACAAUAUAUAAAUUUAGAAAAGUGCCACACGUACAUAUCGAAGCAAGACUUUUAGUAGAAAUGUUUGUCACUGUAGAAAAAAAACAUGAUUGUUUAACCAAUGCAUUCAGAAUCUAAUAUUAUAAUAAUAAUGAAUGUAUUGAAGGGAAAAAUAUUUAUAUUUAUAUUAUUAAUUGUAAUUUACUAUAAUGUUUGGUAAAAUGUAUAAGUUAUAUUUUAUUGACUUAAAGAAAUACAUUUUUAAACAUCUGCAUGCAUACUGUUCUUUUGGCUUUUGACAUUUGAUUCAAUAUCUUAUCUUUAUUAUUAUAUUUUGUAAUCCGAAAAAAGUUAAUAAUUUUAUCAGUUUCCAUUUUUAAAUAUCGUGAGAUUUCAACACAUUUUUUUUUUACAGAUUUAUUGAUUAAAUUAUAUUAUAUUAUAUAAAACCUUUUUGAGAUGUUUGUAAAAAAAAAAAAUAUAUAACCCUUGGUAUCUUUUCUUGUUGAGCUUAAAAUAAACGGUUAUGUACGAUUUUUACAGAAAUUUAAUUAAAUAAAUUAUUUCUCUCGUGUGUAUGUGCACAGGUGAAUGUUACAAAAAAAAAAAAAAACGAGACAUUUAAUCUAUAAAUUACAGGAAUGUAAAAUUAAUGAAAUUACAAUCAUUCUGUGGGUCCAGAAAUAUUUUUAAAUAGUGGCCAGCAACGGCAGUUAUGCAAAAAAAAUACGGGUUUUUUUCCGUGAAUAUUAUUCAAUAUUAUUCAAUAUUAAUUAUAAAGUAUACGGUAAAAAAAUUGCCGUGAAAAUGAACUACAUGUAUAUGAACUAUUAUACAUUAUUAUAUUCUCGAUAGUGUACAGAUAUAACGAGGUCACCGUGACUACGUUGUAUUGUAUAUUCAUGUUAUAUAUAAAUUAAUGGUAUUUCGGUAUGUACACAAUAAUAUAAUAACAAUUUAUUGGUAAAAUUAGUAUUAAUUAUUAGCGUGCUAUGCAUUAUACUUAACUUUUGAUAUAGCAUUUUUAAAUUUAAAAUUAUUACUCUAAAUCAAAAAUUAUGCCUACCCAUUGUGCAAUGGUUUAUCUCGGAAAUGGUAAUUAGAUCUUCUAUUGAAACAUGAGACACUAAAAAUUCCAUUCGAUUUAAGUGUAUUAAUCAUUCUAGACAUUCUUGUUAUGUUAUUUUGGUCAAAAUGAUCACUUUCAUCGACUACCUUUUCAAUAUCCAUACGUAAUUUUUAUACAGUACUUAUUAAAUUAAAUACAAUUUAAAAGAGAAAAAUAUCCCAUCGUUGCACAUUAGAAUCCACAGACAUUUUUUAGAGUGGGGGGAGAAUUAGAUUCACUUUAUUAAACCUUAUGCAACAUAUAAUUUAAUAAAAAAGAAAUCAAUUUUUUUUCAAAUAUGACAAAUUUAUUACUAUAUUAAAAAACCUAGAGAAGUCAAAAUGUCCGUCUAGUCAUUGACUCCGCGUGUCUAUACCGUUGUGAAAUUCAAACCACUGACUAUACAUUAGUUUGGUUUAGAAACUAUCCUAUCAGACACCUUAUAAUUUUACUUGCCUAAAUAACGAAUGUUGGGAACAAAAGAGUACUAUGUGACUUAUAUAAUUUAUUUUGUAGUUAUAGGUUUAAUAGAGUAUGACAAAAUUUUCAAAAACAGUAUUAGAUACGGUAAAUAUAACCAUAACUUUUGUUAGAAGAAUUGUUGUUGUGAUGUUAAGCAUUUAGGAUCGAAACAAUGCAAUCCAGAAAUAACAAUCCAGCAUUCAUAUGAGAUGUUUUGUUACUAGGAUGUUUGAGUUCAUAAUAAUGUAACGACUAAAACAAAACCUUCUCUCAAUAUCGGUCUCAUCAUCAUGAAAACAUUGCAAAAUAAUAUAACACAUCAAUCUCAAAACAUAUUUCGUAAAGAAGUUGGGCAAAUAAAAUGUUUAGUGUGUAUAUAAUUGAAAGAAACAUUACUAAUAUGAUAUCUUAUUUAUGGAUAUUGAGUAAAAAUAUAUUUUUAAUAUAGUAGGCAUAAAUAAAAAAUAUUUCCAGCAGCGUCUAGAUGCAUCAUUUGCCCGUUUUCUCUGCGUGCGUUUCGACGCAAUAGUUGUUUAUUUCGAUCAAACCACGUUCAUUUAAAUUCUAGUGCUUGUGCAACUAUGAUCUAAUACAAACGUGAUUUUUUUAUUUAUUUUACAAACAUCUUCAUCGUGAUGCAACGACAAUUUAUUUUAAAUAAUAAAUAAUAUUAUUUGUGAAAUGAUCGUAGUUAUCGGGGAUUGAUGAAAUAUUUUAAAGAUUGCGCGACUACUUAUUAAUAAUAAUUUUAAUGUCAGAUAUAAGUAUAAAUACAAAACCGGUAAGACAGUAUUUAAACUAUUAUCAAAUUAAUAAAGUUAUCAAAUUAAUAUAUCAUCCUUGGUUGAAUAAAACAGUGGCAUAACCAUAACUUUUUAUGGGAGGGGGGAUGAGUUUCGAACAAAUAUUGUGGAAGGAAAAAUUCCAAAACUAAGUACAUGCUCAUUAAAAUAAUAAAUGAUAAAACAUAUAUUAAAUAUAUUUUUUUAAAAGUUCUACAAAUAAUUAUAAUACAAAAUUUAAUUUUUUUUUUUUUAGUCAAUUUAUCAAUUAUUUCUUCGGCAGUGGUAGGAACGACCUGGUCGAUCAAAUCGUAUUUUUGACUAUUAUAAUAGUUACAUUUUAUAUGUUAUACCGUAUAUGCAAUUUAUAUAUUAUUAAUCAUAAAUCAUAAGUAAAUUAAUUUUAACCCUUGUUUUUUUUUUUUUUUACGUUUUUCGUAUGUAAUGUUAUGUAUGUAAUGUUCUUACGAAGAACACUAUUUUAUGAAUUUUAAAAAUUUCUCAUGAGAGAAUUUGACCCUCAUAUCCCCCCUUGUAUACGCCCCCUGGAAAAAAAAAUUGAUUUUGACAUUUUUAAUGUACAGAAUAAAGGACGUUUUUACGCAGCACUAGUCCAGACUAGUAGUGCGUCCGGACGCACUACGACGCAGCUAUCGACGCGCUAUGGUGACGCGAGUAGGAAAACGGUCACAUAUAAAAUGCACAAUCUAGUGAUAAUGUACCUACGCUGUAUUUGGACGCUACAGGGAAACCGUACCUUUCACAAUCGACGAUAAUUUAUAAUAUUUUUAACACUUGUUGAUUUUAUAACGAUAUCGGAUAAGGUACUAUAGCUUUUCGGGUAGACAGGAUUAUAUGAUGCUGUACGAGUAUAAAUCAUUUUCUCAGUAUAAUGUCAUUUCGAUGUCAGCUGCUGCUGUUACUGCUUGACCUUACACCACCAUUACUGCAAUAUCAUUCCAAGGAAUAUCUACGUUUUGUAACAAAGAUAUUUGGGGUUAGCCAAUUAUAUAAGGGGCCGAAAAAAAAGAAAGAUAAAAAGGUACAUUAAAAUGUACAUUAAAUGGUUUCCGAUGUUCGUAAAACAAAAGGGAAUAAUCUUCGUUUAUAUGUUACGAGAAUUUUCUCAAAUUGAAACGAACGGAGAUGGUCCUUUGUCGUAUAAUAAUACAAAUGAUACGAUAUGCAUUUUGAUUUCCGUUCGUUUAAAUUGAUACAUUUUGAAUUUAAAUUACUAAGUCCAUUGCCUUCUUAUAAAAUUUUUCCCUGGUUCAAUUUUUUAACCAGAGUUUUAAUAUUAUGUUUCUCGGAGACAGUUUGAUACAACAAAAAUCUAAACGACAAUUUCCGUUGAGUUUCAUUAAAAUCUAAUUUGAAUUACGUUGUUUUUUUUUUUUAUUAUUUCUUAAGAUAUAUCCUGUUAAACAUAUUUAUAAAGACCAUCUGGUCGUUUAAAUAAUAAAGCCCUAGGGCAUUUAAAAAAAAAAAAAAAAAUUUCUUAAGUAACACCUGAGUAGGAAAAUUAAAAAUAAUAAAAGAAUAAAAAAUCAAAACCUAUUUAUUGAUAAUUUCUUAAGUCGAAGUAACUGCAUGAUAAUAAUAUUAAAAGAUAGUUGAAGUAUAUUAUGGCCUUCUUUUUUUUCUGUGCACAACUUUUCUUCCAGCAAUUUUGCUCCAACUUACAGUGAUAGCAAUGUUUUUAAAAUGAAAUUUCGCGAGGAGGUACAUUAAAACGUUUAUUUUUCGAUUUUCUCAGGAGUUUUCUCAUAAAACUGAAAAACCAUGAAAAAUUUAGGAAAACUAGGAAAAUUAGCACAAUAUUAAACAAAUAUUAUUAAAAAAAAUAUAUAAAGCCUAUAUAAUCAUUUCAUUAUGAAAUGGCGUAUAUUUAUAUUAUUUACAAAGCAUCUCUAUCAACUGAAUCCCGCUUAGAAUCGUUUUUUCAUAAUCAAUGGUUUAUUGUUGCUUACAGGUAUACAUUAAAUUAUCUACAACAGUGGCUGUACCUGUUUUAAAUAUUCUAAGACAUAUUUUUUUUAAAUUUACCUUUAUAGGUGUACAAUAAGAAAAAAUAGAAAAAUUGUGCCUAUAUUUCAAAAAAUAAAACUUAAAAUAAAUAUUACAUAAUCUGUUAGAAUUUUUUUUAUACUUUAUUUUAGUUUAUUCUAUUUGACAAUCCAAAGGAUACAGUUCUCACGGAUAUAAUACGACCACCUGUGCGCGUUUCCGUGAUUAGAUUAUUAUAUUAUUAUUUUUUUGUUAAUAAAACCGUCUAGACAAUACCCUAGUUAGAAAUCUUCGUCGAUAUAGAGUGAAAACUGCAGGGGUCACAAGUAUAUCGAACGAAUAAACUGUAUACAUGUUUUUACAGCAAAUAUAAUAUAAAUGUAUAGAUAACAUCGUUACCACUUCAGAUUACGAAGUCAGUAUUUUUUGUUUUGAUUUUUUUUUUUUUUUUAAUUGGUAAAAUAUAUUGUUUUAAUGAAAAUUGUCAGCUCCAAAAUAAUCGUUUUCCUCAUAAGUCGAUCGAAAAUUUAUAAUUAAAAAUAUAAAUUAGAAUUAUUUUUUUGGUUGGUAUAUGUAGUUAAACUAAAUAGGUAAAGGCAUAAUACAUUAUUCAUUAUUCAAAUUAUAUAAUAAUUCCCUGUGAUUUUUAAAAAAAAAAAAUAAAGAAUUCAAAUCGACGGCGUUUUAUAAAAAAAAAUUAAAUAAAAUACUUCUGAAUGGAAUACGAACUAAUUUAUAUUGCUUGAUUUUGUAUUAUGUAGAAACCAGUUUUAGAAUUUAUAUUAUGAUUUCUUCGCAAAAAUUAAAAAAAACACGUAUUUUUCAAUGAAAUAUUAUAUAAUUUACUUUUUUUAAAAUGCAAGGUAUUUUAUAUCUCUGUAUGUUCAUGUUUACCAAACAACACAAGCACUUUAGUUUAAUAGUAGAAAAUUUCCGAGAAAAAUCUAAAGAACUAUAUAAAUAUAAUGUAAUGCAAAUAUUUUAUUUGGAAAAUAAUUUAGAAUUUGAUUAAAUUUGAUCUAUUUUGUUUAGUUUUUUAAAUGCAUUUGAAUAUUUGUACGUGUCGUUUUUAAGGUGUACUUACACAAUAAAACUUUAUUUUGUUAUAGUUAGUUGGUAAAUAUAAAUCAAAUAUUUAAAAGUGUUCGCAUUAAAAAAAUAAAUAAAACUUGUUCAAAUUUGCACAAAAUUAAUAAAUAAAGUAAAUUACAAAAAAAAAAAACACCGAAAUUAUGGAUAGAAAUUAGUGUAUACAAAAUGUAUGUUCAUUCUUUUUUCCUUACACUUUGCACCUAAUAUCUUAUAAUUGAGAAAAUUGAAAAAUUAAAUUAAAAACCUUUAAUUUUUUUUCUACGUACAAAAUUGUUAUGUUUGAAAACCCUUAAUAAUCCAGUCUCCGAAACAUAAUAAUAUGUAUAUUCCGUAACGGUCUAUUAUAGACUUUUAGGAUUUUGUAACUUGGAACCCCAUAAAAAUGAAUGCCCCAAAAGAAUAACAACGUUUUAAUAAUACAAUUUAUGACUUCGUAUUUGCGCGGAACAAAAAUUUCUGCAGAAAUCGUGUUAAAUGUUACAUUGUAAUAUUGGGCCCAACUCAAUAUAGUAAAAAGAUGCGUGUAAAUAUGAAAACGUAGCUUCGUAACAUUUAUAUUAAUUUAAUAUGGCAAAUACAUACCCGAAACCAAUAAUUUCAUCCAUAUUUAUAAAUAAAAAUUUGUAUCAUUAGUGUAAUUAUUUCUGUUUAUACGAUGGUAAGAAUACAAAAUAUUUGGGAACCAUUGCCAUAACCUGUAACGAUAUGCUUAAAACUUACCCUAGUAAAAAAAAAAAAACUAUAGAAAUUAUAAAAAAACAGUAAUUAUUUAUCGGACAACUGACGAAUAGUCCCAGACAUAGAUCAGACCAGAUAUAAAAAAUACGUUAUUUGUAUAUAAAAAAAAAAAGACUGCUUCAAUCUAUCUAUGUAUGACGAAUUUUUUUUCUGAAAACAAAUGUGCAAAAUAAAUUUUAAAAACUUAUUUAAUGUGAAUAUAUCGUAGGUUAAUUUAUACAUUUUUUUUUGUAGCAUUACGUCUCGUCUCGAAAAUUUUCUUUUAAUUUUUACAUUCAUCCAUUGAAAAAUGUAGCUGUUCAAUUAUGGCUACCAAAGAUAAAAAUUAUGGUAUUCAUUUCUGUUUAUUUUACUAUAUUAUACUUCACGAGUUCAGAAUCACCACUAUAUACCACAUUAUAGUCCGGUUCCCCUUAAAUACAAAAAAAUCGUUUGCCUUUUACUAAAGAUUUCUGUGGAGGGGAGCAUACAAAGGCGUCUAGUAAUUUAAUUUUUGUAAAGGCCUGAAAAAAAGCAUCAUCGGCAAGAAAGUAUGUUAUUAUUUUUAAUUUUUUUUUCUGGAAAAAACGAGGAACUUUUGAAGUAAACAUAUACGGUGUAAUUAAAAUAUAUGAGGUGUUCCAUAUAAGUGGGUACGCUCAUCAUCUCAGAUAGUAUCAAGUUUCAAUUUGGAAUUUGUUUUCUUGAAUAUUAAAGAAACAAGCAGCUCUACAAUUUAACAUUCAUUUUAUUUCUAUUAUCUUUAUUUUUUUCCAAUUAUCCGGACAUUAAAGUUUAUCAGAAUUAAUACACCGCAUAUCUAUGGAAUUUUCAAUAUGAGUCGCCAUUUUAAAAUCAAAAAUAGGGAGUGAAUUUAGUUCAAAAAUAAGGGUAACAGAAAAAAAUAUAUAUGUAAAAUUAUAGAACUGCUUGUUUCUUAAAUGUUCAUAAAAAACAAAUUCCAAAUAAACAAACAAUUUCCGAGAUUAUGAAUUGAACAUUCUGUAACACUAUAUUAUUAAAUUUUAGGACUACUCUACAACAACGUUCGUUCCAUCAAGCACAUUUGAAUGGAUGUCCCAGAGCGUUUCUUGUGAAAAUCGCAUAAUCAUUACCUAAUACAUUGUUAUGCAUUUACAAAUUAUAAUUUUAUAAUAACGAGUUUAUUAAACUGAUUUCAAUUUAUCUUUGGUCUCGUAAAAAACGCUAUUUUUUUUUUAAUACCAAGACGUCGGUUUUCGAACAUAAAAUUUAACAUGUAUAAACAUAUUUUUUUAUAUUUAAAAUAAAUUAUAUAACACAUUUAUUAUAAAUAUUUUGCACUUUUGUUUUUAGUGGCAUUAUAAUUUGUAACGCCAAUUUCAGCAAUAUGAGGUAUUUUUUCUUUGUUUCAAUUAAGAAAUUUUAAUAAAUUUAUUUUUUUAUUGUCAUCUAAAUUAUCUGUAUAGUUUUCUCUCCAUACUGCGGUGUAGCUAAAUUCUAAAAUAACAAUAUGUUCUAAAGGUUGUCUUUUUUUUCUUAUCUCUCUUUACCGCGAUUAUUUUCUGCAUUUAUGAUGAAAAUAAGUCCCGUUCUUACAAUUUCCAGUUAGCGAUGACUGGUGGUUUCCACAAACCAGCAAAAUGUUGACUAUGAACACUAAUCGAAACUUUAUGAGGCAUUGUAAGAACUAUGCUUAGAUAUACUAAAUAUCAACCAAUAUUAUAAUAUAUUAUUUUAACGCAGAAAUGGACAUUUUUUUGAUUUUUGGUUUUAAUAUAUUAUGAUCAAAUAGAGGAUAAACAAAUAAAAUUAAAAUACGUUUAAACCACGAGUAAAUAAUUAUUUCGUUGUUGUUUUGGUGUAAAGGGUGAUUUUUUUAUAUUUCUAACACAAUAACAGUCAUUAUCUAGACAGUUUUUUAUUUUUUUUUUACAAUAAUUAUACUUAAUUUUUUCAAAGAACAUUAUAUUUUUGCUAUGAUCGUUUAGAGUUUCAUAUUUUUCUUCAUAAAUAUAUUUUUAAAAAAAGACACGCAUAACGGCAUUUAAAAAUAUGUCUUGCUUAAAGUUUUUUAAAGUUCACAGAAAAAAUGUGUACAAUAUUUUUUAAAAAUAAUAAUAUUAUAUUAAUAAUUAUUCAGAUUUUUUAUAUUAAUGCAGAAUUCUGUAAUUGUAUUUAUAAUUAACUGUAUUAUUAUUAUUUUUAUUGGUACGCAAUUUACUUUGAAAUUUAAAAAACAAAUAUUAAAAAUCACAAAUUCAAUAAAAAUGAAAAAUAUGAAAAAUCAACAUUUUGAAAAGAAUAAACACUAUUGGCUAUCUUCAAAUUUCGUUGAAAAUAAUUUAAUAAAGUUAUUUUCAAAAAAUGUUUGCCAACGCAUAAAAACAUAAUUGAAAUAUAAAUAUUUGUAUUCAUUAUCCCUGUAAUAUACGAAAAAAAUACCAAAUAUAAUUUUAUUACAUUUUUAAUCUUAGGAGAUAUUAUGUGUGGAUAUCUUCAUGGAGACGCUGCAUGUAUAUAACACACUCAACAAAGUACAAUAGUCUCUGUUUUCAAUUAUAAUAUAUCAUUAUAUGAUGAAGAAGUGACUUUAGUAUUAUUUAUACAUUAGCAUUUGAACACGGUUAGUAGGUUAGUUUUCAAAUCUACGUUUAAAAGGGUUACGAAUUUCUUAUUUUAAAAUAAAAAAAUGUACUCGUUGAAAGGUAAAGAAAUAUUAGAGAAAAAAUAUUUGAAAAAUAAGAAAAUAAAGCUUUAAUAUUUCCAUGAUAGUUGAAAAAACACGAAUCAAAUUCACAUAAUGUCCUUCGAUAAAAUCGUGGAUUUAAGAUAAAUCAAUCGCCCUGUAUAAGUAUUUUCUACCUUCAGAAAACUUUGGAUAUUAUAGUGGGUACCCGUCUUAAAAAUAUUUAUUUUAAAAGUGUAUAAUACAAUAAUAUAAUUAUAUCAGGCAAGUCUCUUUUAAUUUUACCUUUUUUAUUUUUUUCAUUUUACGUAAAAAAAAAAUCCCAACCACCAGCUGAUAUUGUAUUAGGAAUUCUCUUAAGCACUUUUCUCGCAGCUCUUUUUAAUAACCUUUCUAGUACCGUUUUUUUUUUUAUUUAUUUAUAAAACCAUUAUUGUUUAGACGGAUUCUAUUGUUAAAUAUUAUUAUUUUACAAAAUAUAUGUCUUUUUUAUAAAAGUACUAAUAAAAAAUUAUGCAUGCUGCGUAAUAUGAAUGAACUAUACUUUUAAGAUACUAUUUUGUAAUUAUAUACCUAUAUUGUGGUAUCUUUUCUUUUUCAUUAUUUAUUUUUUUCUAUUGGCUUUCAAUAAAAAUGUCAAAUGUCAAUAUAUCACACAUUUAAAGAUUCUGAGCAAAAUGAUCAAUAUACGAAUUAAUUUUCGAUGUGUGUGGUUUUUUUCGGUCAACCAAAUUUCAUGGUUGAAAAUAUAUUCAUGGAUAAAAACAUAAAAAUUCAUCAUUGUAAAACCAAUACAUUCCUUGCUCCGCUCAGAAUCUAAAAUAUAACUCCUGGUAAUCCUGAUAGUUGGAACAUAAUUAUAAUAAUUUACAUCGCGCACCAACAGUGAAUUAUUGUUCAUUCGAAAUACACCGUUGAAUCUAAUCAUAUAUUAUGGGUAUAACCCGAUCUGAUGCGAACCAAAGUUCAAUAUUGUACUCACACGAGUAUGUACAGCGGUAGCAUCUCCUAGAAAGUAAAAAUUUACGAAAGCUAAUAGUUAUCUCUCAAAGGAUUCCACAGCAUCGCAAACGAUCCGAUUCAAAUGCGUUUAUUACGCGUUAACUGUCUUGAUAUUUGAUAUUUCUCGGAACAAAUAAUAGCAGGUUAACUUUACACGAUAAUUAUACGAUGGUAAAGUAAAUAAACAACUGUUCAAGUAUUAUACGUGAACAUUAUUCGUUGUUCGGGUUUAUUCAAUUCCACGGGGUAAGUUUGAAUAAAUGUUCGAUUGAAGUCAGACACACAAAAUAAUAUACUGAUAAUAUCAUAAUAGUAAAUAUUGAAAUAUUGAUUACCCGUACAAUUUUCGAAAUGUAUGUUUGCGUAGCUGUUUGCUCGCCCGUAAAUUUCAGCUGUGUUAUAUAUUUUUGUAUAGGUAAUAAUUUUUUUAAGAAUGACCCGAUAAACAAUCUGGUACUUAAUAUCAGCGGUAUCAUUUUUCAUAAAUCUGGUGUUAUCAGAGAAAAAUGUGAAUAAUGUUUCUAGAAUUUGAAAAGGAAUUACCUUAAAACCCGGGAUUUUAACCAAUAUUUAUGUUAAUAUGAAUAUUAACAAGUGACUUUCGAUGUAAAAUAUCGGAUAUCGGGUAUCAGCUUUACAACGGUAUCAUAAUCGGAUAUUAGGUAUCAGUAAAAUGUGCUGUCAAUCUAUUGGUGAUAUUUUUACAUUACGUGUAACCAAGAAACUAUUAUAGUUUUAUUGAGAUGAUGUUUAUAUUCGCAAAUUAUUUGUUCAGUUAUCUUCAGGCAGGUUUACAUGUAACGAAUAAUUAUUAUUAUUGUAAGUUUUAUCAGCCAUGGUAAACGGACAACAAAGAAGACGCGUAUUUUAUUUAACUUUAGAAUUCUUGGAAAAUUAAUUUGUGCCCAUCAGUCUUUCGUUACAACCGUGGUUUUCACUUCGAUUCAAUACGACGUACGAUUUGCAGUAUACACGGUCCCUUUUCUUCGACAUAAUCGUACAAUAAGUCGUUACGCGGCUUUAAACGAUGUAGAAUUUUCGACUUAUGGCACUUUAUUUGGACACGUUUACUCAAUUUUCCAAAGCUUAUCUAAAAAAAAAAAAAAAAAUACCUGAUAACAAAUGACGAGGCAUCGGUUAUAUUUUUUUUAAAUUUAAUUCGGGAAUACGGGAAACACACAAAAACACAUGUCCAAUACAGUUAUAUCUAACAUAACUGAAUUAGACUCGGUUUUCGAUCGCCAUUUUGUAUCUUUAAUUUCAGUAUAUCAAUAAAUUCUAAAAUUUUUCACCAACAACAUUAGCUUUUCUAUGAUACGUAGUAAAAAAAAAAAUCAUUAUAUUUUGGUAAAAUAUUUAGUACAUAUUAUCUUUUUUUUUUAGUUUUUCGCAUUUGAUAGUGAAACUCUUGAGAAAUUUAAAAUUUACCUCCCUAUACUGAGUUUCUUUCAAAAAAGUUGCUACACUUAAAAAUCUGAGCAAAUAUUCUAGUAAAAAAGUUGCACACGGAUGAAAAAAAAAAUUUUAAAAUAAACAUCUUUGAACUAUUAGCUUCAUCGUUACACUCAGAACCUUAAUGUCAAUUUUCAUUCAAUAGAUCAAGUUUUUUUCUUGUGACUUGUAUAUACUUAGUCUAUACAUAACAUAUACUUACCAAAAUAAAAAGGUUUCGCAUUUGUGCCGACAGAUGAACACUGGGUCAAGUGAUGGCCAAGAACAGCGUUCACUAUCGGCAGUGAACCUGAACAAGUAUGCGAACGAUAUUUUUUUUUUUAAUUUAGGAAAACUUAUUUGGAAUAGAAUAUAGUAGUAUGUAGUUGAAUGAUAAAAUUAUUAAUUAAAUACUCAUAGUUGUAUUUUUAAAUGAGUUGUACGAAUAUAUCCUACAACGUCAAUUCUCUACGCACACCACUGGAAUUAUUCUGGUUUUUUAUAUUUUUUUUGUUUUUUUAUGUUUAUAUAGCAUUGAAAUAUGUUAUUUUUUUGUUUCGUUAGUUGUAAACAUAAUAAUUAUAUACUAGUAUUACAAAUUUUAACGCGAAAAAGGUAAACAAACUAAAAAUCGGUAGUUAACUUCAUAAAAUAUUAUUUUGACUUUUACCAACAAAAUUAUACGUAUUUUAAUAAUUAUUGUGACUAUCGAGUAUCAUGAUUUCGUGAUAUUAAUAUUUACUGAUGUUCCGUGAUUCAAACUAUGUUAUGUUUUGUACGGGAAUACACUAACGUAGUUUUGAACUGAAUGUAUCCGUCAAUUUGGAAACGAACAGAUCGUACAAAGAAUUUCUAAUUAUAAUAUUAUAUGUUUAUUUUUUCUUCGAUAAAUAAUUUACACACAUAGAUUCUUUGAUGACGUAUUAUAAUUAACUUAACUAACACAAUAUAGACCUCCACUAGUUUUGACAAUUAUUCAAUUAUUCAAUAACUGUUUUCAAUGUAUGUUUAGCUGCUUAGUAUAACCAACGUAUGGCUGAUACUGAUGGGCAAGGAUAUAAUUUUGGGUACCGAUAUCGUUUCGAUUUUCCUGAUAUUGUAUCGCGAUUUCGUACUGUAUUGUGAGUUGUACAAUGUCGAUAUCGUAUCGAAAAUAUCGAAAAUAUUUUAAGUAGGUACCUGUUAGUCAUAGGUACUUGUUAGUAAUAGGUACCUUGUUCAAAUAUCAAACGUAUUUUGUCAGUGAGAAAAGCAUAAUAUUGAAUAAAACAACGCAGGCAAACCGAAAAAAAAGUAUUUUUGAACUAUAAGAAACUAUUUAACACCUAACUUUACAGAUACAAUUAAACUUAUAUGAUAAUACUAUAACGUCAUCGGUCGACAGAUUAUUUAAUAUUUAUCAUAGCUAUAAAUAAUUCCCAAUGUUGGUUAUAAUAUCGAUAUCGAAAUUUUGUCACGAUAUCAAUAUCGUAUCGAAUUAUCGAUAUUAUUGCCCAUUACUAAUGGUUGAAAAUGGAAACAUAAUCAACAUUCCACAUUGUUGAUAUACUAUAUAUUACACUUUUUCGAUGCCGAGAUGAGAAAUAUAUUAGUUACGUUGUGAUGUAUGAUUUUUUUUUUCUGUAAACAACUUUUCUAUGGAAAAACUUGCUCUGAUCGUUGACUAAAUUAAUAUUUUCUAUCUAUUUGGUGCACUGAAGAAAUAAGAUAUUAGUUUUUUUUUUGGUAGUUUUAUUAUUUUAUAAGCGUUUAAAGUUUAGAUAUUACGAAAAUCAGGAAAAUAACUACAUAUUACAUAUCUACUACAAUACUACAAUUCAUAUAUUUUUACCAGACUAUGGACUGGUCUCUCUUAAAUGUAAUAUUUAAGAUUUAAUAAAUAAUCCAAACUAAAAAUUACGUAUGGUUUUAUUCUAUACAUUUAAGUCUGUAAAUAAAUGUCUCAUAUAUAUUCUGUUUUGCUACGAUAUAAAAAUUUGACUUACUAGUAAAUUUGUAUUUGUGUAAGAAAGUCAAUAGAAAAUAUUUUAACGGGAAUUCUUCUCUUUGAUCGUAUUUAUUCUUUAUUAUACAAACAAGCAAAUUUCUUUUAAAAUUGAAUAUAUUUUAUAUUCACUCAUUUUUGAAUAUAAAUGAAUUGUAAAAAAAAAUUAUUUCUAUACAGAAUUUAUAUUAAGUCCCCUUCCCUCAUUUCGUUAUCAAGAUUUCACUUGUUUAAUAUUGAUUCCGAUAGCUGGUGACUGAGUUAUAAUAUUUAACAUAAUAAUGGUACGGAUGUACCCACGCAUACUUACCUAAUAUAAUAAUCGUGUCUUUUCGGGACCGAGCACUCGUGUAAAAUUUUAGUUUAAUAUACAUAACAUCAAGAAUAGGCAUAAAUGCAAACAUGUGUUCAAACAUAUUUUUAUUUUAUUCCUAUUGGAAACUCAGAUGCAAAACCAAGAUUUUUUUAUAAAAAUAAAUGAUAAAAUAUGAAAUGAAUUUGUCGUAGAUCUUUUUAGCUAUUUUUUUAUCGUUAAUAUGACUCUAUAUGUUAUCAUAAUUUAAUCGACUUCUAUAGAAUCAUCCUGUCAAUAAAUCAAUUCUCAUAUUGUCUUCGUCAAUCUUCAAAAUCUUCCAAUUCCACUUUCAGGAAGCACUUUCACGUCCUCCAUUACAAUGAUUUACUUCCUCACUAUAAUUAACACUUUUCCAGACGUAAUUUCUCUAUCAAAUUUUGUCCCAGUACUACCUGUAGUAGUGAAGUUUGAUUUCUCCACGCAUGUCCACCUAUCACCGAUUUCUUCAGAUUUCGUUUUGUUAUGAUCUAUGAAAUAUUAUUUUCCUCGGACGAUAUGAGGUUCACUCCACUCUGUAGGUUUUUCAUCGUCUCUAUUCGGUUGUAUUAUUCUAAAAUAAUCUUUCAACAUAUUUUUUUUUUCAAGCACUGACAGUGUUUUUCUGCUAGUUUUUCUUGGUGGCCAAGUUUUAGAUACAUAAAUUAUUAUUAUUGUUCGCAUUUUAAUAGUAUAUAAAUAUUUUUCCAAGGAUAGGCCGAUACCACUUUUUUGUUGGUAACCGGUAUUUCGAUAACUAACCUAACUGGUAUUUUGAAAAGAAAUCCAAUCUUAAUAUAAAAUCGAUAUCCGAUAAAACCGAUAUUAUAUAUAUUAAUAAUCAUUAAGUAUUAUUUAUUUACAUUAAUACCCAAUGAAACUGGUGUAGUAUAGUAUACAAUGGUUAAUGAUAGUAACAAGAUUUGCGAUAAAAAAAAGAUUUUAACAAUGCACAUCAACUAUAAAAUUGAUGCUCAUUAAAAAACUAUAAAUAAACUGUUAUACCUAUACGUUUGAUAUAAUAUUAUUUCUUAUAAAUUUAAUUUAUUUUUUUUUUCCAAACCUAUAUCACCGAUAAUUAAUAUCAGUUUAUGUAUCGAUCCACCCCUGUUUUUUUUUCAUUUCUCAAAACAGUGACUGUGUACAUAAUAAAGUUAAAAUUUAAUAUGUUUACAAAGUACAUUAUUAUCGGUAGGUAAAUUGCAUAAAAUAUACUAAGUGCAACAAUAACGUUCAAUAACACACUCCCGUUUCAAUUAAAUCGUAAAUUAUAAAUGAACCCAUAGAAGGUAGUAUUUAUGAAAAAAUUAAAUUUUUGCAACCGGUAGUUUUAUAAAAUAAAAUAAAGCGUUUUUCGAUUCUCUCGAAGAGUUUCGAAUUUCCUAAAACAAAUAUUAAACCAUUAGAUAGUAAUAAUACUAUAUCGAUCAUUCUUGUUCAUAAAAAAAUAUGAAAUCAGCAUUCGUUUUUAUUUUAAAAUGCCGACUAAAAGGCAUUUUUUUAGGGGAAAAAACGACGGAAUGGGUAGAAUCAAUAUACUAUUGUUGGUAGUAGUAGUAGAAUAAGUCGGAAUUCGAUUUAAAAUUAUUGUAAGAAUUUAACUAAAUAAGACGCAAACGUGCUAUAAUAAUAUGAUAUAUUAUAACAAUACGGUUUACCACAAUCGAACGUAUAGGCACGUCAUCCCAUGAACCGGGAGUAUACGCGAGAGAUUGUGAAUUAUUUUGAAUUUCUGUCUAUAUAUUAUGCUGUAAUAGUAUAUACGUAUAUAUUAUUAUAAUGCAUUGUACGAGGAUUCGCGUAUCAAAUGAAACGUGAAACACAGCCCAAUUACAAAACUUUUGAUUGUAGGUACCAACUAUGCCCGCAGUGAUCGCUGUAGUAGUAUAGUAAUAGCAGUAACAGCAGUAGCAGUAGUAGUAAUUUAACCAAACCCAAUACAAAUAUAUACAUAUAAAUAUACAAUAUACCUACUUCACACUUGAACAUUCCGAGUAAAUAAAUAAAAUACAACAAUGUUUUCGUGUACUCAAAAACACAGUGGUUGUUCGCGUAUUAUUAUUAUUAUUAUUUAUAAUCACGCGCGUAGCGAGUUUUUAAUAUUAUCAUUAUUUAUCGGUCUGUGCAGCAUGAAGUCGUGAACAACACCAAAAUUCGUACUUGCAAACAAAUAAAUUCGUUAUUUUACGGAAUGUCAUAAUAUUCCGUAUGUUUUGUUGUCAAAUAACAUCACACGAGCUUGAAAUCAAAGAAUUUGAGUUGUUUUAUAUGCCAAAUAACGACAGUUCAUAUAUUAUAAUAAUAUUAAACUAAUAGGUAUUAUUAUGUAGCAAUAAUAUGUAGUAGUUAAUAGUACCUAUGGUAUACAUAUAUUGAUAGUAAUAUGGUCCGCUAUUAAAAAAGUUCCUGCUUUCUCCGAUAAAAACUAAACAUAGUGUUAUUAUUAUCAUCCAAGACGCAACUAAAAUACGACUAAAAAAAAAAAAAAUCCAAUUUAAAAAUGCAAAAUUAAAAUAACCGAUUGCUAAUUGUUGUAAUUAGAUUGAGUUUCAAUAUGAAUCUCGGCAUCAUAUUGUUGUGUGAAGAGGAUAAUUUUUAGAUUUAAGCAUUUCUACAGAUCCCUCAAAUAAAAACAAUGGGUAUGAAAUUGGGUACGUGCAUUACGUUAGUGUCAACAGAAUGUGGCUUUCGAAGGUUAUGUUAUUCAACCAACACAUUCAAAUCAAUUAUUAUUGACUUUUAAUGAAUAAUAUUAAAUACGAUUUUAACUAAAAUGUCUAAUAUUCGUAUAAUCACAGAAAUAGUUUUAUAGAACAAGAUAAGUAAAUUUUAAUAGUUGAUUUUAGUACUAAUGUGCAUAUUUGAUUUAAAUUAUACUUUUUAUACAUAAUUUUGAUUAGUUUCCAGUUACUUUUACCACACACAUACAAUCAGUAUACAAAUGUUGGUAUUUAUAUUACGCUAUAAAUUUGAAAUUAAAUUAGUUUGUGUACACAACUAGAGCCAAUUACAUUAUUUAUAAAAAAUACUUUUUAAAAUAUUAUAGAAUAAUUAAGUAAUGUCAUACAGUAUUAAUUUAUAAUCGAGAAUAAAUGAUAAACUUUCUUAUAUAAAGUUACUGCCAAUGAUGGUAUUUAAGCAUUAUCUAAGGUAAAUGUCUGGUUUAUGUUGACUUUGAUAUUCCAUAAGUUUUGAUUUUAUUAGUCAAUAAAUAUGUAUUUCAGAGAGUACCUAAAUAAGAAUAAAUUGUUUUUCUUACAAACAAUUAUGUAAUGAAAAUAUUCAUUUUUAUGAUUGGCUAGCUAUAAAGCUAUAUACUCGAAGAAAAACUGGUACAUAGUUAUGACAAUGUACCUAUAAAUUAUGACAUAAUGAAGUAUACUUUCGUAAUGAUCAUAAUUUCAUCAUUACAAAUUUAUUAAAUUAGUUUUAACAUUUUAUUAUUAUUAUCGUUUUAUUAAAUUUGCAUACAUAAUUUAUGUACGAUAUUUUCUUCAAUAACGAUGACAGCUAACAAUAUUGGUUUUUCAAAGACGUCAACAUUUUUAUUUGAAAUCUAAGCCAUUAUUUCAACUUAAUUUUAAUAAAAUUGACUACAAGACAAUCGGAAAGAACCUUGUAAAUGUCAUACAUUUAUGUUCAUUAUAGAUGUUAAUGAAUUCACUCAGGUAUUACAUUCAAUGACUAAUGAAUCUUGCUAUAGCCUAUAAAUGUACAAUGUUGACGAAAACCGCAUUUAUAAGUAACUAUCGUGUAUUUUAUUAGCAUUACCACUUAUUAUUUUUAAAAUCAAGGAACUAACAAAAUUUUAAAAUGUAAUUGCAGAAAAAUAUCACACAGUCUCAUGGAUAUUUUCACUUUUAACACUUAUUUAAAUUUUUUAUUUGAAAGAUAAAAUGACAUACGAGUCCUUUAUACGCUCUAAAUUGAAAAAAGUGAAUAUUAUUUGGUAUAAUAUUUUUUAAACAAUGUUUAAAGUUUUUUUUCCGUGCUAUCGUUAAAACAUAAGUUCCUACUUGUUGACAGAACGUAAACAAUUUAAUUUUAACUAAUUUCGUUUCGUCUUACUGUUUUUAGAAUUCUUUAGAACAUGCUUAAAGUGCAAAAGUUUUUUUUUUAUACAAAUUUAUUUUCAGUAAUAUUAUACUUGUUACGUAACACCCAGGAAAAUUCAAACAUAAAACUUAAAAGUUCUUCUUAUAAAAAACACAAGCCUACUAUUUUUACUGUUAAGUAAAGAAAAGAAAUUAUUUUUUAGGAAAAUUAUUUGGAGUAAUAAAGACGAUCUAAACGUUUCAUAUAGGUAGUAUUCUUUACAAAAUUUGUUUCUUUUUUCUGGUUUCUUAGUACGUUAACAUAAUAUUCAAAAGGUCUCGUCGAUCACGCCAUUCCUUUAAUCAGGUGAACACUUUUUCGGUAAAUAGGUUAAAUUUUUAAAUCGAUAAUAUUAUUCCUGUUAAAGUUGCUGUAAUUAUAAUCUUAAAUGAUAUUAAAUAAAAGAAAAUAAUAUUUAUUUAUUUAUUCAUAAUAAGUAUACGCUCAAAAAUAUGUAUUCGUAUUCUAAUUCAAGUUUCUAUAUCCAGUUUUAUUAAAUUUAAACUGAAUUUAUUUGUAUAGUAAAAUUAAUUAUACUAGUAAUAUUAUAAUUAAUUUAUUGUACACUUAGAUAUCACAAUAACUCAGCGAUUAUUAUUCGAGGUUACAAGCACUCAAAAGAGUACGAGAAAAAAAAAGUAAUGACAUUAAAACGAAAGAAUUCUACCAAUAUGAAAGAUGUUCUGGAUGAUUCUUCUAAAGUGGUUAAUUUCAUCAAAUUUUGCCAUACGAAUAAAACUACAUAUGAACCAUAAAUGAGAUGGGUUGAAAUUAUUUAAAAAAAUAAUUUUGUAUUCAUAUUUCCAUUCCUAAUAGAUAAUAAAAAAAUAAACGACGAUUUCUUUUUUCUUAAUCGAUUAAACUAGUGAAAUAAUUAUAUUAUAAAAAAAAAAUAUUAUUUUUCUAUUUUCCCACCAAUUCUUUAUAAAUAUAUUUAUUACUAUUAUAAUUGUAAACAAAACUUUUCUAUACAUAGACAAAUUAUGAUCAUCGAUUUAUAUUUUUAAUUUUUCUUGCUUUACAUUAGAAAAUGAUUAACCACCGUUUGGUGAUAUUACUACUGAAUAUAGUUUAUUUAAAAAUUGCAUAAAGUAGACUUAUUAAAAAUGGACAAUCAUCUAUUUUUAUUAUAUUUACGGUUCAGUUAUUAUUUAUUAUUAUGGCUUUCCCAAUCGGCUCAUUCACUUCUUGCUGUACCUUGCAAUAUUAUACAUACUAUACUGUUAUAAAUAUAAUUAGCUUAUAUAAUAUUUUUACGUUUUCAACUCAUUCGAUAAAAAUUUAAUCAUCCAAUCACAUAUUACAAUGCCAUUAUAGGUAAUAUCUAACCGAUCUUAAAAUCCUUCCUUCACUAAAAGCCACCUAUAUUGUUCGACCUUGCCAUUAUGAAGUGAUGGUAAUCGUCUUAUCCAUGAAAUUCUACGUAAACAACAACUCUCUAUAACUUUAACCUUUAAUCUGUGGCUCUUUGGCUUUGAAACUUGUCUUUGUAUUAUAAUAUAUACUGUUGUGCAUACUCUUAUCUAUUUUAUAAUUUAUUGUUUAUAUUAUAUUUUAAUGUUUUUGGAAUACUUAAAGUAUGCAUUAUGAUUUUUUUUCUUUGUACUUAACUUUGACUGAAAAAUUUUUUUUUUACUACUAAGCACAAAUAAUAAUGAGAUCCUCAUGUUAAAUUUUCAAGUAUUUUCGUUUGGUUAAACAGUUAUGUCCACAUAGUACCUAUCUAAUAAAAAACACAUUUAAAUCUAGCAAAUAUAAAAUACCUAAAGCUCAAAAAUCAUAAAAAUGUUCUGAACAUUUUUUUGUUAAACUUUUAAGUCUACGAAUAUAUUUUUACUGAAUUAAAACAAAAAAUAAAAAUGAAAAUAAAAUCGUUAUUUUCGUAAAUAUUCCCGUUCUUUCUAAAAUUUUAUUAGUUUUGUUACAUAUUACACUACAGUAAAAACACCGUUCUUACACAACUAGAUCAAAAAACCAACAUAAAAGCUUCCUACCAUUUUUCUAUUGGAGUAAUAUUUCCUUUAUAAAACAUAAAAAUUUAAAACAAUAAAAACGAACAUUGUAAACUUGUUCAUUUUCAUUAUAGGUAUUUUGCCAGUUUUUCCUAUUAUAAUGAACAUUUCUUAACAAAUUAAAAAAAAAAUUACUUCUUCUCUCAGCAACAAGUUACAAAUACAACAAAAAUGAUUUCUAGGGGUUUUCGAUUAAAGCAAUAAUAUUUCUGGUAGAAAAUAUACAUUGUACAAUUAAAAAUAAUAAAAUCAGUUACGCCGUGGCUCACUGUAAAUAUUUACUGUUUUCCCAAUAAUUAUUUUUCCUUUUUUUUCAAUUAUUUUGAAAUCCCUUUGAAAAUUACUAAUAACAAUUCGCUCAAAAUUGUUUUUAUUAGCAAUGGUUUAUCUUUUAGUGCAGAUAUAAAUAAAAUUAUCUAUAUAGCCCCUUUUUAACUUGCUUUUUAAUGCAUCAACACAUGCAUCAAUAUUAUUAGCCAUUUAAUUUUAUUUAGUGAAAUCCAGUGAUUAGUGCACAGUAUAUCUAGUCUUAAAACUCGAUUAACUCGAAACGAUAAUGCCCAAACAACCUAAAACCCACCGAAUACUUUUAAACAAAUUAACAGAUUGGAAAAACCUUGUUUUCGUUUUUUAAAGACAUACUCCGAGUUCAACAUGUUAUUUUUCGUGAGUUAAUAAUAUACUGAAACGGUUCACAGCGAUUUGCCGCAGUGUAGACUACGUAGCGUGUUGUACGUCUAAUCUUCACAGAGUCGCGAUUUAUAAGGCUGCCGACAGAACGUUUAAUUAAAGUACCGAGUACACACAACUUCAAGGGAUUGGAGGGCAGGAAGUCCUUGGGGCCCGUUAGGUUAUUGGAUUCACGUUUUCGCGUCGAAACCGAUGGAAACAAACGAUAAUAAUACUGUAGCCGCAAUUCUACUAGUAUAUAGGCCGUAAAAAAAAAGCGAAAAGACGAAGGCUAUGAAAAAAACAAAUUGAUUUUUCUUCUCUUACCUUUUUUUUUCUCUGCAAAACAAAAGGAUUACGCGAAAUCAUGUACGUUAUGUAAUCGCGUAAAAAGAAGUAUACAUGGCUGUUUGACGUUGUUAUAAAAUCGUAGCUGUGCGGGAAAACGAAAAAUUAAAUAACGCGAAAUAAACAGAUUUUCCGGUGAACGUAUCUAUAUAAUAGGUACCUACACCGGUAUUAUAGGUAAUAUUUAAUACGUGAAGUAUUUGUAAAGCCUUAAUAUCACCUAUAUUGUAUUGUUCAUUUCUGAAAAAUCCAAAUACUUAUUUUCAGUAUUGUAAUGAAUAUUUCUUUUCUAUUGGUUUCAGAAGGUACGAUGUUCUAACAAAUUAUUGAAAAGAUAUUUAAACAGCUCUAUGAAAUAUAUCGGCCCAUCGAGAUUUAUGAUUUCCAAGGACCAUAAUUAUACAAAAUAUAUCAAAUUGAUAUUCUAAAUUCAAUUAAUAACAAGUAAAUAAUUUAGUUCAACCAACCGAAAUUAUCUCGGUAGUUGGCAAGUUAGCCAGUAUUCUGAACGAAUAUUCAAUUAAUUUUUAACCUUUAAUUGGUUAUGUAGGUUGAAUAAUCUACAAGCUUAAAUAUAGACGCCACUACAUACUUCCCAAGAUAAAGAUUCUUUUAUAUUGUAUAGCAAUUGUUUACAUAUUAACGUAAUUUUGUUAGCCAGAACCAGAAUCAGAACCCAUUGAAUCUCGUGUUAAAUGUAAGCAUAUUAAAAAAUAAUGUGAUUUUUCUGAUUUAGUAGAUUUUUAUUUUAUACACAUUUAAGCGUUUCAGAUUUGAAAAAAAUCGUAAAAAUUAAGGCAUUUCAAAACAUGUAUAACUGAAUUCCGUUCAGAAUCGUUUUUCGUUAGAAAUAGUUUAUCUUUGUGUACAGAUAUACAAUUUACUUUAUUAUAAUUAUAACUGUAAUGUAUAUACAUUUAUUUGUAUGUAUCAUAUCAUUCCAACUUGUUCUAUUAUUGUUGUUUGAUUGAUAUUAUUUUCGCAUUCUAUUCUAGAUAGAUUUAAAAUUUAAUUUUUGAUUUAAGAUAAAUGAGUCAUAAUAAAAAAAUAAAAACGUUUACAGAAUAUUGAAACAGGACAUCACGUUAUUUUAUUUGUAUAAAACUACAUUUCUUAACGAGGUCGUCCAGAAAACAAUGAUUUAAUUUGCUAUUGUUCAAACUCGGGAAUAAUAAUAAUAAUAAAUGAAUAACUACUUAACCAUGUCUUUUAAACCAAAUUGGAAUAGGCGGGUUUACAUAAUCUAACCUUAUCAUUUCAGUGGGAUUAUCACAUAAAUUAUAUUAUUGUGUUGUACAAUGUUUACAAUUCCCAUGAAAUUUUAAAUGACCAGUAUAUUAUAUUCGUCUACCAAUCUUUUAGGUUCAUUAAACGAUCUUGUGACUUAUUUCUCCCAGUCUAAUUAAAGUUGUUGGGACAUUCUAUGUGGCCGUUCUCCGGAUUAUUUUCUUAUCGCGAAUCUGUUUAUAAUUUAUCCGUCAUCUAGCCACAUGUGUCCAGCUAAUUCAAGCCUUUUAUUAUGUAACAUAUUUUUUUACAUUUGGUAUAUUAAAUAAUUUUUAGCAUGGAUAAAGACUAUACGUAAUUAUAUUUGAAUUGAUUGUUUGUGUUUUGUUAAAAGAAAUAACUUUUAGUUUAUUAUUUUUAAAAACUUAAAUAUUGCUGUUUUAUAGAGAUUCCCCUUCUGGAAAUCUUGAAGUUUUUACUUUUUAUUUUGAUUAAAUUCGUAAUUUUUAAAAAAAUUUUAAAGUUUAGAGAAAAAAGUGUACAGUCAAUUAGCCAUAAUAGUAAUAAUCAAUUAAGCGAAUGCGAUUACAAUCUGCUACAUAAUAAUAGGUAAAAAUACUCUUAGGAGACAUUUCAAUUGUCAAUAUAUUCGUGGGACAUUCUAUAUAACAGACACAAUACAGUGCAAUAAUUUACAUUUUCAAAGGAAAUAAAAUAAUAAACUAAAAUAUUUUCCAGUUAAAAAUUGAAACACCUACAUGUAGGUAUAAUAAUGUAUUCCACAUUAUUUUGAAUUUUAAAAUUGUAUAAGUUGGUAGCCGAAGACUUUUGAGCCGUUUUCAACGUAUACAAUAUACAUAAAUAAUAAUAAUUAGGUAACGUAAAUUAAUAUGCGUUGUAGUAUAGGUAUAGGAUGUAAAAAUACUAAGUUUGAAAACUAAAAAAAAAUAUAUAUAUGUAUAAAUUCAAAGUACUUUGUAUAAUACGGAAUAAUAGUUAGUAAAAUAAUUAUUAACAAUUAUGGAGCACGAAGUGUGGCACGCGUCGAGAGGAAGUUUACAUUUUCUAUGAAAAAAGUUCGCAAAGAAAAAGUUUAAAUGUAAUUAAAUCUUAGACAAGAAUGCAAUUUAAAAUGGCAAGACGAGGAGAAAAAUAAAAUAAUUUAUCAAUAGGCAGGCGUACCCGUGAAUUCUCGUUAUUGAAUAAUAAUAAAUUUCAUCGAAAAUAAAUCUAUUAACAUACAGAGUGAUUUUUUAAACAUAAUCAUUCAAUAUUUACAUAAUUAAAUUAGUUAAAAAUUAAAACUUUGAUUUUUAGAAUUUGUAUGUAUAGAGAAAGAAGGCAUUUUUGAAUUUGUACAUGGUUUUACACAACAUUCAAGGAAUAUCCUGCAAUAAUACCACCUUGGCUUUUUAAAUGAUAACCCAUACGUUUUUUAUGUAUUAAUGCAAAUUGUUAAACAAAUGAUUUUUUCAAAAUGUGAACAUAUUGUAAUCGAAAUUUGAACAAGUAAUUUCUAAAGUAUUCUACUUUGAAUACUGAGGACUGUAUAAUAAUAGCAUAAAAUUUGAUUUUCGAUAACUUUACAAUUAAAAACAAGAAAUGGCAUUUUCACGACUUCUAUGGAAAAGUCGAUAUUUAAAUCCUAUUAAAAAAUAUUAUCCUCAGUAAUUAUAGCAGACUAACUCUGAAAUUUUUGUUCAAAUAUCGGUUGCAACACUCCAAUAUUAUAUUUAAAAAAAACAUCAUUUGAUUGACAGUUUGAAUUAAAACAUGCAGGUUUUCAUUUAAAAACCAACAGUUUUAUCGUUACAGGGUACUCCUUAAAUGUUAUGAAAUAUCCAAGUAUGUGUAAAUUUCAUCUUAAACUAAACUCAAAUAUCUAAAAAAUGAAUUUAUGCAUUAUUUAACGAUACAAGUGGGACGAGCAUGCUUAAAAAAUAACAUUUUAACACUUUAUGUAUGUAUAUAUGAUAUUUUAGAUGAAAAUUAUUAUUAGGUUUCUGUAAAAUAUUUAAUAUGUUGUAUUGAAUUUAUAAAACAAAAUAUCACUACAAAAAGGAAAUAAAAAUAAUAUUUAAAAAAUAUUUUUAGUAAACUAAUUUUGAGAAUUUUUUAAUAAUCGAAAAAGUGUUUUCCGGAAAAGUAACCCGAAAAUAGGAACUAUUAGAAGUGGGACUGAAUAUAAUUUCAAAAAAUUGUUUCAAGUAAAACAAUAUACAUAAAAAAUCAGUGUUUUUCAGAUGUGCCGUGAAAACAUGGAGCUAUUUUACUAACCGAAAAAGUGUUUUUGAGAAAAAACACCGCCCCUUAGUUAAGCUGAAACACUUGGAAUCUAAAAUUCACAUCACAACGAGUUUACGAAAUCGCAGUAAUAAUGUCAUAUAACAUUUGUGUUUACGGGUAUUUGAUUUAGGUCGGCAAUAACAAUAAUGAUAUUACAGUGGCAUUUGUAGUGGCAUUAACAACAUCAGCAUUGAUAGUAGAGUAUUUGGGAACGUGUCGGAUUAUUAUUUACGAAGUAAAACGAGUAGCUAGAGUAUUUCGUUUAAAUCACGAAAUGUACUUGUCCCAUAUUAUUACAUACAAUAUUAUAAAUGCCGUAGCCUUCCUGUUUUACACGAUCGUGUUUUUACCGUAGCUGUAUUAGUACCAUUGUCUAUAAGUUAGUUGUUUCUAAAAAUCCUCGUAAGUCGAUAUAUCGGGGGAUAUUGUCACAACUAUAUUUAGGAGGUAUACAAACAAAUUGCAUACAUAUACAUAUGCUAUCACAUUAUUGUGUAAAAUUAUGCAUUUUUCCACCGAAAAAUUAUGUGUCAUCAUUUUGAAAUGUAUGAUAUUAGCUAAUCGCCAUUUCAAUAACAAUUUUAAUUUACAAUACAGGUUUUUAAUUACUAAACGACCAACGACCAAUUUCUGAUGAAGUACUGACUAUCUUACUUUGGUGUGUGAUGCUUUUUUAAAAUUUUUGUUUUUGUCAAACCGAUUUGCGUUUAUUGUGUUGUUAUCGAAACAACAUUAUUUGUAUAGUUAAGUAUAAAUAAUACGUGUCGGUUUUCUAUCGAUUCAUUUAUAUUGUAAACGUUCACGAGUCUAAAUACUUUCAAAGAAUAUAAACUGUAUACAAUUUAUAAUAAAAUAUGCAAAUGUUACGCAUCUCACGUUCAUAUAACAGUAUUAAAGUAUUUAAGUUUUUAAGUAAAUAAAACCUCCUUUUAAAUAUAUUCGUUUUGAACUUCAAACGGAUUUCUUUCAAAGCUAUAUUCAAAUGUGGAGUUGUCAUCUUGAUAAUUUCUUACUGAAUUUCUGUGGAUGAACCUACAGAUGGUUAGUAGUGCGUUUAAAAUGAAUAAAAUCCGCCGUUUUGUACAUAGAUACACGGGAAGCGGAAAAAUCCGAAAUAGUGGUACACAUAAUAUUAAGCAACGAGAAAACUCAUAAAAUGUAUAUAAUCCAAAAGAGUAUACAUAGGUACUAUUAUGUUUUUAAAGGCAUAUGGAAAAUCGAGAAAAUAUGAUAGUGUGAGAGAAACCGACGGUCUCUAUAUCAUUUCCUUUGGUAAUGUAUUUAUAGGAAGGAGAUUAGUGAGUCAAAAGCAGACGAGAAAAUCUACAAACUUUUUCAAAUAUCAAACGUAAAAGCAUUUGUCAUAAGCAAACCGACAGUGUUGGCUGGGCACGUUCGGAGAAACAAUGGUAUCUAUAAGCAAGUAAAAGUAGAAAAAACAACGAGAAAAGACCCAGAGAUUGUUAUAGGCAAAGGGAGAUUGACUCAAUGAAAAUAGAUCUGAAAAAUUGUGUACGAGGAAUAGAGUUAAAGAAGCCAUCGAGGAUAGGGAGAGAUGGCUGGAAGUAUUGAACGCAGCGGAGGUCCUGAAUGGGCUGUAAAUCUUAAGAAGAAAAAUAGUGGGGGGAGGAUUGAAGUAUUUUACUUAAAAUCAAUUUUGCUGCUAAAAUUAGGAUGUCCGUCAAUCCAUUGACGCAAUAUUCCACUUUUAAAUUUAGAUUGGGAAAGAGUAGUGGUGCAUUAUUAGAACGCCGCGCGCCGCGCUGUCUCACAAAUAAUGUUAUUUAAACACCGAAAAAAGAUUUCUGGUAGAAAAGUUGUUAAUUGAUACAAAAAAUAAAAUACCUCAUAGUAAAAUCAAUAUAUUAUUCCCUGCACUUAGAAUCUAAAGAAAAAAGAAGUACUUUAUUUUACAUUUAAAUGCAAGUUAUAUUAUAUAGGCAGUUCUAUACGCACUGUAGAUAUACUGUGGAAAUACACUAUUUUUAAAAUAUUUAUUUGAAUAGGAACUGUAUUUGUAUGUGCAAUAUGCAUAUUAAAAUACAAUAUAAAAGUAUAGUUUUACAAUAAUGAUAUAUAUACUAGCUAAAUACCCAAAUCCAUCAUACUAAAGCGCAUUUCGAAUUUCAGUGGGAUUUUCAUAAAACCUAGUACGUAUUAUUCGUUGGUAUCACUGAUAAUGAUUACCUACAGGACAAAAUAUCGUAAAGUAAAGAAAAAAAAAUAAAUUUGAAAAUUAUAAUUUAGGCAAAGCCAUUUCAUCUGGUAUACGAGGGACAUAAAAGUGGAUUAUAUUAUUAUGUAUAGAAUAUGUGAUAAAACGUGAAUUUUACGAAGAAUGGAUUUAGGACUGACAUCUUUUCAACUAAAAGACCUUUUUUUAUACUACCUCCAUUCAUUUCCUAUGAAAUAUUUCACGUUAAGAUAAUCUUUUUUUUGCUCCUUCUUAUUCAUAACUUCUGAUUUUUAUUCGACAUCGUGCAUUGCGAUUUAACCCUUUCAGUCACGUUUUUUAAGUUUUUAUAUCAAAAUUAUAAAAAUUGGUACAUACAAUGAUUGCAUUUUUUAAAAAAUGUUGGUACCAUUCUUAUUAAACUAGAAUUUAUAUUAUAGAAAGUAGAAAGUAUCCUAUAUGUAAAAUAUAUAUAUGACUCAAUGUUGUAUUAAAAAAAAAAAGUCAGGUGAACACUGUUGUAGGUGCGACGUUAAGAAAUUAGGGGGGAAAUUUAAUGUACAUCUAUACGCAAAUUAAUUAUUAUUAACGAAAAAUGAUUCUGAGCCGAGUUCAGUUAUGCAUGUUUUGAAAAUCCUUAGUAUUUUAAAUUUAAAAUAAUACAAUUCUUGCAUUUUCCUAUUUUUCUUAUCUUUUUCCGGUUUUCCCAUUAAUUAGAAAAGCUUCUGGGAUAAUCAAGGAAAGACCCUCACCAAAAUACCACCCCAGUAGGAUUUCUUUUUAAAAAAUUUGCUAUACUUGAAUUUCAAGUAUUCCGUUUUUCUGACAAUUUAUCCUGGUUAUUCCCAAAUAUAAUGAAAAAAUUUGAAAAAUUGCCAUGAAGAUAAAAUUUCCUUUUAGAAAAUGAGGUACACUUGAUCCAUUGGACCAGUUUUCUAGUCAAAAUGUUUACACAACAAAUCAAAAGUUAUUUUGCAAUUAAAUAGAUCAAGCGAACGAUGCCUUAGUUCUCUAGGUACACCUAAAAUGCACGGGUUUUUUCCAUAUUUAGGUAAAAAAGAAAAAAAAAAAACAUUUUUAAAAUGUUAUUCGAAAUCCGAAUGAUCCCUAGGAUAAUAAUAGCCAUGUAUAUCCAUUAAAUAAUGAACCAUAUGCUUUAAGAAAGACAAUAUAGAAUUAGGUAUUAAACAUAACAUAUAAUAUACACAUAAUAUCAGAACUUCAAAAUGCUAUAAUUUUGAAACUUAGUACGCUUAAUUCAGACUUCACCAUGGUUCUUAAAUCAGCAAUAUACAAAUUAUGUUCAAAACAAAAGAUUUAAACUUACAUUUGUUCCACCUAAUUUUUUACUCAGUCGAUUUUCCUUAAAAUUUGAUACGAAAAUUCCUUUAUAAAAAGAAAUACUACAUUAAACUCAAAUCGUAUGCAUUUCUGUUAAUUCUAACAAUUUUAUUAUUUAUUACACUGUUUCUAUCGAAAAAAAGUUUUGUAUAAAAGUCAUAAAAUUAAAAUGUCUAUAAAUAUUUUAAAAAUAGCUCAAAUUUUUUGAAAAUUUUACCACGUCUAGAAAAGCUCAAUAUAAGUUCUUUGUAAGUCCGUUAAAUCAAUACGAAUUUUAACUGAAUUUGAACAAAAAUAUUAAAAUUAUUAUAAAAAGCCUAGAAAUGGCUUAAAUGUUUUGAAAAUUAUAUUAUGUCUAAAAAAGACAAGUAUAAAUUUUCUGCCAAAUUUCAAGUUUUUUUCUAAUAUAUAUUUUUAACUGACUUACAAUAAAUAACAAAAUUGAAAUAAAAAUAAAAACAUUAUUUACGUAAAUUUCCUGUUUUCUUACGUUUCAUUCUGGUUUUUCUCAGAUAUUAUGAAAAACGCUUUGAAAAUCAAAAAAUGACUUCCCAAAUAUACCAUUUGGACAAUAUUCCCAUUCAAUAAUAUUGUUGUGCAUACUUAUCGGAGGAAGAUUUCUGGUAGAAUUUUUGUACAUGUUUGAUUAAAAAAAAAAUACACUACGAAUAUAUCAACUAUUUCAAUAGUUGAACAUAUUUUCGAUGAUUAUAAUGUUUGGGUGCUUAUAAAGAAAACUGCGUAGUUUCUCAAUUUAUUCGCUAUACAUUUCGAAUGUUAUCAUUAUAAAUACGUUUUCUUUUUAUUGAUUAUUAUUAAUAGUAUAUUUAAGGGUAUAUUUUUAAUUUUUUCAUAAAAUUCUCCAUAAUAAGCCCUACUUAUUUCUGUUUUAGUACGACUUGAUUAUAAUAAUAUCACUUUAGCAGUCUUGUGCGACUUCGCCUUUGCACAGUAUUGAACGAGAAAAAAACAUAUUUCUCCCCAUGUCCAUCCACAUCCUUGUAAAAGUUAACACUUGUUACCGAAUAAUUUCUUGUUUGUGACAACCAAAUUAACUUAUAAUAAUAAUUUCUAUGUUUUGUUCCAUUGUUUUACCUCUAAAUCAACAAUACAAAUGAGAUUUUCGUAUUGGAAAUUCUAAAAAUACUGUGUAAAAAUUAUUUUCUGUAUAGAUAGUAAAAGAAAAAAAAACUACUCAAUGAGUUAUAAUAAAUGUGUAAGCCAAUAUAAAACAUAAAUAAUUCCUAAUAUUAUGAAUGUAAAUAAAUGAUGAAAAAAAUGCAACUAUUUUUCCAUACCACACACCGUAUAAGAUUCGUUUUUUUUUCGGCUAAAAAUGCACUUGGAAACAAUUUCUGUAUUCCUAAAAAAUUGAUAAAAAAAACUGAUAAUAAAAAUAUAUUUUAAUAUUUUGUCUUGUUGAUUUCUAUAAAUCGUCUUCCGGUUACCAAUGAGUAAUUAUAGGAUUACAAUUAUAAAGUUAUCGGUUUAAAUAGGUUUUCUCAAAAUUUGUUUUCACGUUUUAACUGACCAUGUAUCUUUCAACUUCCUCACCAACAACUGUAACCUACUAGUACUAACACGUAAAUGAAAAAUUAUUUCUGAUUUUUUUUUUAAUGUCGAUAAAUAUAUAUUAAUAGCAAUGAUAUAUUAUAAUUGUACCGUCAUAAAGCCGUUUAUUUAGUGAAACGGAUUUUUGAAUUCGUAAUUCAACUUGAAAAAAAAAAAAAAAUUAAAAACCUGUAGAAAAUAAUAUUAAAGAUAUAGAUAUUUAUGCCAAGAUAUUUUAUGCGUCCAAGACGCGUAAGAGGGUGACGGGGGAAGUGUUUAAGCCAAAGUAAUAAUUUAAUAGAAUUCUAUACGUAAACUGACACCCCCGUGUCAUAAAUAUUAUUAUAUAAUGACAGUUGUAAUUUUCAAAUGACUUAAGGGAAAACGGCGACGUGGCGUUAGCCGUAUAGUAGUUGUCAAGUUGAAUUUUCGAAAAUACUGAAUACCCGCACGCGACAUUCAUUGAGUGAGUUUGUGUAUUUUUUUUUUUUUUAGUAUUUAUUCCUUAAGAAUAACUUUUGGUUUUUAAUUGGCUUUUUAUUUUAAAACGUCCACCACCGUUUUAUAAUCUUUUUUCAAUUUCGAUUUUACGAUAAGUGUUAUUUGAAAUUGCGCACCAAUUUAUGUGUGAUAUUGUAUAAUAUAACUUUAAAGAAAAACCUUCCGAUAAAAUAUCGGUUCAUAUUAAAUGUAUUAAAUGCAUUAUAAUAUAUUUUAUAUUAUAACACAAGUUGACAAGAAAUAAAACACCAGUGAACACUAUUUUUAAAACAAGAAAACAUCGAAUACAUUAUAUUAUAUAUACAUUAUAUAUUACAUAACAAAAAAAAAUUGGGGAAAUUUGAGCAUACAAAUGGGUGAGGGUCUAAAUUCCAAAAGUCGUAUUCGUGUUUCUAAAGCCAUGCAUAAACAAAAUUGAAUCUCUUUAGAUUUUUUAUUCGCGAAAUCUUUGAGGGUUUUAAAAGUCUUGUAAACACUGCCCUCUCCUAUAAAAACAGGCUGGAAUUUAACCAGAUUAAAAACAUGAAUGAUCGAACAUCGUUCAGAAUUGAUUUUCACGGAUUAAUUGUGCAUCUUAUGUGGCAAAACCAUGGAGUGAUACUGCGAACGGUUUUUUUUAUAUUUUAUUUUCAUUGAUGUAACCAUACAGCGAAUUCAGCUUAAAAUAUUCAAAUGGAAAAACGCCGUUCCCAUUGCACAGCGACGGCGUAUGUGUUAAACUAUAACCGAGUGCUUGUUAAAUAUUCAAAAGCUUGAAAAUUAGAUUUUUUUUUUUUUUUCUUAACACCACACUAGUUCGGCGCAUGUACGUUAAUAUUUUAUUAUUUUUAGUAGGUAUAAAAAUAUAUUAUUAUAGUACUCUAGAAAUCGCACGCAUGAGUCCGACAACCAGAAAUGUUUACAGUUCAACAGAAAAUUAUCUUAUUUCAUUAUUAUCAUCGUAGAACUAUAUAUUAUGGACAGCGAUUUACAUUCUACUUUCAUGGAAAGAAAUACUACACUUUUUUUCUUUCCAUUUCCGGUAUCAACCAUAAACAAAAUAUUUUAAAUAUAUAACUAUGUUAUCGACAUUGCUAGUAAUCAAAAUUAAUUAUAGAUUCACAAGUAAAAGUUUUUAAAUUUUUACUAUAAAUUAAAAUUAAUUACUAUUCUAUGGCAUGUUUAUUUUGUUUUGUAUUAAUCUAAUACAUUGACGGUAAAAACCAUAAGUCAUUAUAAGUAAUCACAAGUCACUAUUUCAAUAAAUGAAUUGUAACAUGUUUUAUUUGCCGGUAAACUCACUGAAUUUUAUUUCUUUGGUUUUUUUUUUUUUCGUCACACUCAAUAAUAUCUUUCCCUGGCUUCUCUCUAUACGCGCUGUGCAUAGUUAAUAGUCCUAUGAUUAUUAUAGAUAUUAUUAACCAGCUAAUUUCUUGAUGGUCGGCACUUUACAGGUUUCUAUCACACACAAACUUUUGUGUUUUUCAGUUUUUAAAUUGGGUUUUUUGUUUUGUUUUUUUUUUUAAGUACUACCGUAAAUCACAAAAAAAAAGGAAUUUUUGAUGGUGGUUACAUAGAGAAAAUACUUUUAAUAAUGUCAGCUUAUCACGUGAUUUUUUUCUCGUAUGGUCAUAUAUCUCAUAAGAAUAAUAAUUUAAUAUAAUUUUGUAUCAAAAGGACUGCUCUAGUUAUAGUAAAAAUGAUAGAUUUUCCGCUAACCGGUGCGAAGGUGUUUUUUCAAACUUCAUUUGAACACAUGAAAAAAGAAACACCUUUUCAUUGACGAGAGCAGAGAGAUGGGCAUACAAAGCCUUUUAUUAUUUGAACACGUAUAAAUAAUAAAUAAUAAUAAUAAUAAUAAUAAAUAUACAUUUGAAGCAUAUACAGCAAACACAGGAUUUUUAUUGGAAUCUUUCGAUUUAUCUUUGCGUGAAAACGGUAAAUAGGACAUCACUCACUCACAGUGUAUUUAAUGCGGUUGCAAAAAGAAUAACUGGAUUAUUCCUGGAAUAAUAAUUACCCAUCUAGGGAAUAACCUAAUGAUGUUACGCAAUAAGAUUGGUUUUCACACGGAUUAGUGGAAUUAAAAACGGCUGUUACUUAGAAACUAUUAAUCGGAUAAAAAUGUAUGAGUCUUUAAAGUGUUCAGAACGGCCGCAUUAAAAUAUUCCGAAGAUAAUAAAAUAAAGUUUUUUUUUAAUUUUUUUUACUGUAAAAAAAAAAUUUAAUAAAAUUAAAAAUAUUUGUAGUCCUCGUUUCUAUGAGUGAUAUAAGAAAAAAACAGAAUUCAAUUAUCUUUAUUAUCUCCGAAGGUAUUAAAAAGGUAAUAUCUCCAAGCGAUGGCCUGUAUUGUAAUAUACAUAAUACUAUACGUCCGCAUUUUAUUUAUAAUAUCACGUGAUCGCAUACCAUGGGAACAUCGGAUAUCAAACACUGUGUAAAUAUGUAUAGAUAACUACCGUAUGUAAGCACACCUGUUGUUAUACGCACUAUACUCGUAUAUAUGUACUCAAAAAUUCAAGGAGACUUUAGUACAGUAUCUGAAUUAAAAUUAAAGAAGUCCCACUGCUUUUUUGUAAAUAUAGAUACAAUAAUUGAAUUAGUUAACAGAUUAAUAUAUUAUAUUGCUAAUAUAUUAUAAUACAUACAUUAACAGUAGAUAUUACACUGACCUGUAAAAGUGCAAAAUAAUCAAUUAUAAAAUAGUUUUGUUUAAUAAUUACUACCUUUUAAAUAAUUUAAACAAUUUUAGAUUCUGAGUGAAGCGAGAAAUAUAUUUUGAAUGUAAACUGUAAAAACAAUUAAAAUUAACUAAUUAAUCUGAUAAAAUAUAAAUGUAAAAAACUUACUUCGUUCUCAUUUGAUGUUUUUAGUUUUUCUUUUUUAUUAAUAUACGUAAAAAACGCUUUUUUUUUGUCCAUACUUUAAUAAUUUAAAAUUAAACGUGAAAACUCCAAUUUCAAUACAAAAAAAUGGUAAACAAAUAAUGAUUCAUAAAAUUAUGUACACAGACGAUAGCCACGCUUAUUAGUAAGUGUAGUUUAAAUAGUAAAGGUGUGUGUUUCGAUCGUGUCGAGUCAUAUUAUAGACGUUAAAUACCAAAGAGAAAUAAAACUACAGAUAAGGAAAUUGACGAUAUCUUUGGAAUUAUAUAAGAGCUAUUAGCUAUUAUAGAAUAUUAUGAAUUUAUAACGUACUUGAAAGUUCUUUCUCUUUUCAUUAUUUUAGGAAAACGUUUCGGUAUUACAUAUAUUUAAUAUAUUAUAAAGAUGCGUGAAUAAAAUCUUCAACUAAGUCAAGGGAGAGUCGACUCCCAUGAAUCGUUUCCCCCGUGAGUACGUCCCUGGGUACCUUAGAGUUUUUAUUCAGUUUAUACGGUUUUCUUCAUCGAUGUUCAAAGGCUAGCGAGUUUUAUUAACGAAACAGUAAUUCCUGCUUCCAUCUAACCUCAUCUCUAGCUAAUCCAGGAUCGAGUCAUAUAUUCCGAUGUCCAUUUAAUUUUUUCUGACUAUAUAUUCACUUUCGUUUCACUCGUGGUCUGAAUCAUUGAAUUUCCAUUUUAGAACUCAUAAGUUAUGUCUUCUGAUUCUAUGCCAUCUGAUUUCCAUUUACGUGCCAUAUACAUGACCAGCCCAUGCAAUUUGUCUGCAUCUCAGUACUGCACCUAUAUCCGGUGAGUCCUAUUAUAUAUCUGUCGUAGUUCCGUAUUACUCCUUUCCUUAUUCCAUAUUUCUGUAUAUUACCGUCGUUUUUGGUCAAUAUAUUCCCCACUGUCAUUUUUACUUCGUCUUUUUUGUUUAUUGGCCAUGUCUCGCAUGUAUGAUGUACGAAAAUUUGGUCGAACAAACCUACCUAUCGUUAUAAAUGUAUAAUAAACUGCAGUAGAUAUACUCAUCAUUAUAAGCUUUACUACAGGUAUAAUUAGACUAUCAUAAUUAAUGGAAAUUAUCUUUGUCUAAAUACUGAAUACGAUUUCAACAAUAAUAUAUAAAACAAUGAUAUCUAAUAUAGGAGUGUCUUCGAAAUGACAACGAACAAAUGAACCAUCCCGUGGUGAUUUAUUAAUAUUAUAAAAUGUAUACUUAAAUAUAUAUACUUACCUAUUACGCCUUUAGAACAAAAACAACGAAAUACAAACUUCAAAUGAAACAUAAUAAUCUACUGCAACAAUUUUCACAGGACAUUCAUAUUACAAUUUAACUUUUGAACAUAAUUAUUAUUUUAUUGGAGGUAAUUAAUCAGGUAUCUUCUGGCGUUUUCAUUAUAAUAUUUCAUAUUCCUCCCCCUACCCACAUACUACAAAUUUAUGCUCAUAGUAAUAGAAAUUAUACAUUUCCAUAAUAUGUAAUUACCCUGAACUCAAUGUUUCCCAUUUCAACAUUCAUUACUUGUCUAGUCUCCUCUCUAAGAGAAAUACGCUUUAGGCAGAUACGAGUGAUAUUCCAUAAAAUAUAUACAUUAUAGUAUACGUACCCUGCAUGUGAUUUUGCCAUAAUUAAUAUAUUAUUAUUAUAUGAUUUAUUACCUAAUUAAUUUACACAAUUUAUUAUUAAUAAUGCAAUAUGAUUUGUAUCGACAUUUCUCGAUAACAGUAACUAUUGCACAGUAUUGUUUCUGUUAUAAAUAUAUUUCGUGGGCACUUUAAAGAGGUUCCCUCUAUACCAAAAGGGUUCAAACUCGAGAAAUUUUGUGUGUUAAAGACUGUGUAUCAAAGAUGUGAUUUUUGGGGGUUUCAGCUUUGAACUAUGUCUCCAACUAUUUUUAUUCUCAAAUUUCAUGGUUUCACGAGAAAUACUGUGUUUUAAAUACACCCACAACCUCAAUGUAAUACAAUUUUGUUUAACCACAACUAUUUCAAAUUAAUUAUAUAUAUAUAUAAAAAAAAUUAAAUAUUAUAACUACAGCAAGUAAGCUGGGGAAAAUUUUGACUAGUGAUGGAGCUCUACUUUUCAAGAGAAAUGCCCUUACUUCUGUAAUAACAAGGAUGGAUCUAGGAAUAAGAUAGAGAGGGCUAUACACUAUAUUUACUUUUCAUAUAAAUUAAAAUUAUAUUUUGAAUAUAAAUUUUCCUUUAUAUAAUUUAGUAUUAGAAACAACAUGCUAAGUAUGGCUUCAUCUCCCCUCUCCCUCCAAUUCUAUCAACCUCUGUGUUAUAAUAAUACAAAUAUAAUAUAAAUUAAUUAAUAUUAUAUGUUUUUAAUUUAUAAUAUUCCAAAUACAUCGUGAAUUAAUAAUAUUCUAUAGUAAGGUUAGGUAUAAUCGUUACAAUUAAUAUACUACCUAGAUAUUGCACAAAGGUUUCAAGCGUUUAUGUAGAUUGGUUGUAUCCCACUCGAAGAAGACGGCAGCUUAAUGGUAUAAUAUUUUCAAUGAUUGUAAAAUUUCAACAAUCGUUGUCGUUUUCGUUUGAUAAUAGUAUUAUUAUUAUAUUAUUAUCACAACAUGCAUCAUUACGAUUUAAAAGUGGUUUUAUGUAUACUAAGUGUAUCUGCAGGAUUUGUUCAUUUCCUAUGCAAUUAAUAGGAAAUAAUUAUAUUUUACAAAUACAUACUGUACGAUAUUUUAUAUUUCAUCUUUUCAGUUGCAACGGGGACUUACAAUAUUGAUUUAUGUAAAACAAACGAAAAACAAGAUUAUGUAUAAGCAUUAUUAUAAAUAAAUUAUAAAACUUAAUUCUAUAUAACGAUGUUACACGGUAACAUCAGUUUUCACACGGAUUAGUAGAAUUUAAAACAGCUGUUACUUAGAAACUAUUCAUCGGAUAUAAAUGUGUGAUACAUACAUUUUUUCAAAAAAAUUAUUCCUACGAAUGGCUAUCUUAAAAUUUUCUGAAAAUAAUAAAAUAAAGUUAUUUUAUAAGUAGUUAUUUAAUAUAAAUAAUUGUAGUUGUCAUCCCUAUGAGUAAUAUAAAAAAAAAAAAACCAGAAUUAGAUUAUUUUUAUUAUCUCUGGAGAUAUUCAAAGGGUAUAUCUUCGUGGGACAACCUGUAUAAUGCAUAUGUAGUUAUUUUACCAUAAUGUGAUUUUUAUAUUGUCAACAUUAUUAACUAAACUCCGAGCAGAAUCGUUUUUUGUUAGCAAUAGUUAUCGGUUGCGUACGAAUGUAAAUUCAAUUUCCCCUUUACCUUCAAAACUGGAAUAAAUUUAAAAAAUAAUCACAUUUAAAAACUCGUUUUUAAUGUAUAAGCAUUUUCGCAUUGCCAAAACAGUUUUAUUUACAUAAAAAUAACGAAAUACUCAAGAAUUGAAAAUGCCUAUAAAUAACUUACAAAAUCGUUAGAAUAUUUUUAAAAAUUUAUCACUUCUAAAAAAAAAAUUGUUAGAAUUUUAUUGAAGUACCUAUUUAUAAAAACUGUUGUUUUCCUACGUCUUUGCUUAGUUAUCUGAAAUAAUAAUUAAAAUAUAAAAGUGGUUUACAGACAGAAAAUUCAUAUUUUACACAUCGUUGUAAAUUAUUGUAUACCUCGCUAUGCUCUGCAGAAUCUAAAAAAGUCCGAAGGAAAGCAGUUACGCUAUAAUAUUAUAGCCUUUUGUGUAUAUUAUUACGACCUAUUUAAUGAUAAAAUACAUUAAUAUACCUACCCAAACGAAGAACACGCCGCCUCGGUCGUAAAAUCCGACAGACGUUCAUAAUGAAUGCGUGUUAUGUAGUCUAUGGUGGAAUUGUUCGUCUCGGUUAGUCUGUAGAAAAAAACGAUUAAAAAAUUGGAUGGUCUUUAAAAAAAUCAAACUUUCGUCUCAGCUUCAAUAGAAGAGACAACUAGGUGAAUAUUUUUUACCCUCGUAUAAAAUACGGUCCACACAUUAUUCUGCAACGAGAGUAAUUGUUUCGAUUCUUUUUCUUUUGAAAUAAUUCUCAAUAUUAUAUACAUAUGAUUAUGUAUAUGGAACCACGAAUAGAUUGUAUUUAAAAACGUAUUUAAAAAUUAUAUAUAUUCAGCUUUCCUGCUCAGCGUUGCCCGUGCCAUUUUUUAUUACUUUUUCUUUGAGCUAAAUUAUUUGAUAUAUAUAUAAACGAAAAUACUAAAAUAACUAUUAAAAAAAAUAGAGGGUUGUUUUGCCCAAAUGGGCUCCCUUGCAUCUUGCCGGUAUUGUUCAUUGUAACACACACACACAUACAAAUAGAUACAAUAUUCGUACUUACUGUCUUACUGAUGAAAUUACGUGAGAACGGUUUAUAACAUUAGAUUUGAUUGCAUAAAAUAAUAUGGCACAUAGACCUUUUUUGUUUAUAUUAAUUACCAUAGAUACGUUUUGACCAAACUUUUAAAUUUUGUUUUCAUUUCAUCCGAGUUACUAAGGCAAUCCAUAAAAAUAAAUGAUUUAAUAAUACCUGAACCCUAAUUAAAAUUCUAAAAUCAUGAUCAAAAAAUGGUGGAUGGGGUUAGGAGGGUGAAAAAUACUUAACGACCUAUUCUCAUACCUAUAAAAUAUAGAACAGCGAUUUCAUUAAUAGCGGUCAUGCCAUUUCGGAUGAGUGCGGCCACAAACACGUGACACGAGAAUUUUAUAUAUAAGAUAAAGAAAUUUCAUUUAAUAGUUAUCAAAACACCAUUAACCCAACUUCAUUCAGAAUCGUUUUUCCAUUGUUAUAAUUUAUUGUUGCGUAAAAAUAUAAAUUCGAUGGUUCUAUAAUACGAAUCCUACUUUCCUAAUUUUUUUUUUUUUUUUUUUUACGUUUUCGCUGAUUUUCCAUGGUAUUUUAUGCAAGUGUGAAAUAUAAAUUUUAAAGUCGCAUGAUAAUACGGACUUUUUGUUCGUCCACCUGAAAUAUUAUGUAGCGGCCGGAUAAAACUGGCAUGAGCACUGUUAAAACCUUUUUGAAAUUAUACUUAAUAACAGAGCUCGGCCGACAAUAAUAAUAUGUAAUACGUUCAGGGGUUUUGGCACGAAAUUAAUUAAUUUAAUCACAGCAUGCGUUUACCGCGGUUUACCGUAUCCAAGUAGGUACUAGGACCUCACAUAAGGCGAUAACAAUAAUAUUAUACAGCGCGCAUUUGUAGGAUUUGACGAUUGCAUUGUUUUUUAAUCGCAUAAUAUACGCUAUUUGUCAGAUCCCACAGGGAUUCAUUGAAUCACCACGACAUUGUCAAUGUUCGGAGUUUGUGUAGUAUAUGUGUCAACAAAACAAAAUAAUUUACCGAGACAUAAAAAAAUUAUAUAUCGAAGAAGACUACGAUGGUAUGUAUAAGUAUUCAGUGUUAUUCAUUAUUAACAAAUUAAAUUUUUGAAAAAUAAAUGAGGAUAGUUGAUUUUUAACAAUCGCUGUUGAUUGCAGUUGACACUAACUAAGCCGAUUUUCGAAUGUCCUAAAUCAGUAUGAAUUUAUUUAUUAAUUCAAUUCAUAACGGUUGAUUUUUGACAUAAUAUACUUUAGGUACUUUUGAAAAAUCAGUAAUAAUGAGUUAUAAUAUUAGUACUCAGAAUUUUUCAUAAAAUGCGAUCGUUAUUAACAUGGUAUUUUUCGUAUGGGGAGAAUUUUUUAUCCAUCUAUCUUAAACUUAUCGAACGACGUAGCGCACCAUAAGUAUAAAAUAAGCACUACUUUAUACACAACAUUUAAAUGUUGGUAGACAGUAACAAAUCGACAAAUAAAUAAAAACAGAAAAACGGUUUACCACAAGCCACGUUCUACCUGUUGCCGUUGACCGUUUUCACAUUUUUCUUUGGACUUGAGCUCCGGUAAUGCGGAAGCGUUUGGGAAAAAACAGACCUAAAAAAUUUGAUUUCCUUUGGACGUUUGAGUGUACACAGAGUGAUAAAAAAUUAAUUUUUAAGGCGUUUUCGUGAACGUUGGAUUUAACUUUGGAUUUUUAAUUUUUUGUAAAAUACAAUGUCGUCCACCAAUGGUUUUUAUAACUUUUGACGAUGUUUGACAAAUACAAACUUCAUGCGUAAAAGUCGGAUUUAUCAAGUGUACAAUUUUAUAUUUCUUAUAAAAUAACUACGAGUAUUAUUACGAAUACAAUUUGUUUAAUCUGAUACGACAAGUUGGAUUAACAAAUUGAAAUCAACAAAAUAGUUUUGUAUAUAAAUGUUUAAAAGACGUUAAUUGAUUUUUGAAAAGAGACUUAAAUCGAUAUACUGAAAUGAGGUAUACAAAGAAUCGUAUGAUAGAAACCUACACAUUUUUUCUACCAUUGUCAAGUUCGAAAAAAGCUUGAAACAUUUUUUAUUUAUUUAAUUUAAAAUUCCAGAGAAACGUUCAACAUCCAGGAAAAAUAUUUGAGUGUGUGAUUUAAGGUAAUAACAUAAUUACAUAUAUUUAGUAGUAAAGGAAUGCAUCUUCAUUUUGAGAACGUAUCAUCUGUGUAAUUUCUGAGUUCUGGCGGUAUAGCGUAGAGGAGAGAGGUAGUUCGGAAAGAUCACCGGAUCUGGUGAAAAAAGAUGGGUUGUAAAAACUGAUAAGGGGUACUAAAAAAGGACAACGUCUAUAUUUUUAUCAGAGAUGAAUUUUGAAAUUAAAUAAGGAACGCCAUAUGCGCGCAGUCCGAUAAGUUGCAUAGCAAGAGUACAUUACCAAUUGGAGAAUAAUCGUUGGGCAGACAAGGAAUAUUAAAAGCGAAGAAUGCGCGAGUUCAUAACAUAAGGAUUUUCAAUCUACGCGUUAUAUUUUAUAGAUAAGAGAUUUUUUUUUUCUUCUUCGUACAACAUAAUAAUUAGACAAAUAUUAAUUUAGUUAUUUGUGUGCGUUCUUGCGGUGAACUUGCGAACACAUUUAAGGGCUAACCAAAGUUUUAUUCUGAUGAUAACACAACUCUGUGGGAAAUGUCAAACGGCAAUUUGGAAAUUUCGGAUUGAGAUCGCCUGAGUACCUGGUCGCUUGAAAGUCUGUCCAAAGUUUGUCGAAUCGUGGCCAGCAAGACCGUUAUAAUUAAUGUUAGAAUAUUAGAUUAUAACAUCGGGGCGCCCGAACGCGAGUUUGAACGUGCGACAUAUUAUAAAAGACACGGUAACUUUUGACGUUUUCUCGGGUCGUCAUAUUAAUAAUAUUAUAAUAUUAUAUUUGCACCAAAAGGUUCCCGGACAUCGGUGGUUAUUAAGCCACGAAAAGGCUCGGGGUCGGCAGGAAACGUUUCCGGAAUUCUCUUUCUGAAACAAUUGCGCGCGCACAGCGUGUGCUCGCGACAAUUUAUUACGCCGGUAUACUUACGUAUAAUAAUUCGGGUACCGUAAAAAUUAUGAAUUACGGCAAAAACUAAAAUAAUAACAUAAAACUGCAUCGAGGCCCAUGAGGGGGGAAAUGAAAUAUACCCCGUGAAUUAAUGGUGAUAUAAAAUGCAGGGUAUACAGGGUGCCCCGUGAAGAUCUGGCGAAUACAAUAAUUAAUCGAAAUUCGUUUGCCGAAAUGUCUGAUUACAAAUAAGAAUGAGAAUUUUCGGUAAAAAUAAUUAAUGUCAUUACACAUUAGCAAAUUUUGAAAAUAUUCUGAUAAAAACUGGAAAAUUUCAACGCUUACUUUACUAUGUCAUUCGAUGAAUUUGAACAAUGUGCUGGUGUCGCAUUAAGUUGGCACCAGCAUGUUUGUUAAUGAAAUAAAAAGAAAUGGUCUGAGUGAGUUUAUAAAAUUGCCCGACAAAUUCUGAGUGAAGUUUUAGAAUUUGCCAAGAGAUUUUUGACGCAAACUUGACGCAUACGAAACAAAUUUUUAAUUGUAAUAAACUUUUUAAACUUCAUAAACAAAUAAUAAAGACAAUUUAAAAAGUGCUUUAUAUACCAAAGUUUUUUAAAAAAUUUAUAUUGAAAAAAAACCUCCUAUUUUACGUUUUAUAUUUAUGGGGAAAAAAGUAAAAUUAAAUUGUUUUAUUUUCGGUGCCAAAAAAAAAAAAAAAAAUAAAACACAAAGUUUUAAGUUCUAAAAUUUAAGCGCAGAUCUGUAUAUUAAAUAAAUCCGAAGUUAUAGCAUCGAUCAGAUCAAUGAAGAAAACCAUAUUUUUAGUAUGACACAUAAUAAACAUUUGUAAAUAUUCGAAAAAAAAUCUAAUUUUUUUCACAUUAUUAUUCUGGAAAAGAAAAUGAUGAACAAUCGAUAAUCCGUGUUGCAGUAUUUGAAACGUGUAAUAAUAAUAUUAUACCGACAAACACAGCUUACCUGUCGAACACAUAUUCCUUUUUACCUUUAUAAAAAAAAAUAUGCAAAUUAACGUGUUAUUAUUGUCGUAGUACUCUAGCCGAAAUUUAUGAAUCCGUCAACUACAGUACACAAUUAGAUAAAAAAAAAUUAGAGUAGAAUUUUGAGACAUAUCAUCUGUCGGUAAUAUUUAAAAAAAUAAAAAUAAUCUUUCGGAUUAUUAAUUUAUAGUAAAAAAUUUAAAUCUAUAGUGUUAAAAAAAAAACUGUAGACUGUGAGAAACUCUGUCUACAAUGAACAAUGAAAUAAUACAAUAUACUAAACUAUUAUAUUGAGUAGGUAUUUCCGAAAAAAAGAGCUGAUAAUGACGGUGACGGAUGCGCCACUGAUAUAGGUGAGAAGUCGAAUAGGUAGGAUACAUAAAAUGUUAUAAUUUAUAUUUAUAAAUAACGAUAAACCAUUGCAAACGAAUUCGGAGCGAAGUUUAGUUAUAGACGUUUUUAAAUGCUAUAAUACUGUGAAAUAAUUAAAACUAUUAAAUUAUCUUUCUAAUACACAAAUUAGAUAUAAUUUCCUAUUACAAAAGUUACUACACUCUAUAAAACGGAGGAAGAUGUCUUUUUAAAAAUAUUUUUACAGACAAAAUAAAACAUAUAUCAUAGUAAAACCGAUAGAUCCUUCGACAUGUACUGAAUUUAAAAACAGUGAAAUUUUUAAGAGCAUAAAAUGGUAGAGGUGGUGGUUAAAUUCAAAUUUUUACCGAAAAUAAAUAUUGUAUCUAUUAUACGAUAUUUACAGGCAUUUUUAGAAGCUCUAUCUGGACCAAAUGAACCCAAACUCAGGUUUAGAGCGAUAAAAGUUGGGUUAAAUUUCAAUAUGAUGAAUUUCAGUGUGUUACUGCAGGAAUAAUGAUUCGUUUUUAUAGUUUAAAUUAUUACGGGUGAUAAAAUGUUGUAUUCGCAUGGGGAAAGUGUCGAACAUGUGGUUUACGGGGGUGUCGUAUUAAAUUUAUAUAUUUUAUUAUUUAGUGAUAUUUAUUGUUUUUCAAUGAAUAUCCUUAUAAAACAAGAUAAGCAUUGGGGAAAAUUCGACUCCAGUGAUGGAGCUCUAUUGCUUACAGAUGUUUUAUGUAGGUAGAGAUUUCACAUUCGCAUCAUUUUACGAUUAUUAUAGUAAAUGGAAAAAAAAAGUACGAAAAAAAAAUUUUGAUCGGAUCAUGGUUUUAUUCUCUCUAUCGAUGCACGAGUGGACUGAAAUUUAAAUCAACAACUUUAUUGAAAAACCACUGUGGAAACAGGGAUUGUAACAGAUAUGACUCGAACAUAAAAUUAUCAAAAAUAAAACAUACGGACGUCCGUCGGUACGGAAACAUAAUAUGAAACUAGCGACAGACGAACGAUAACGUACGAGUAUUGUAUAAUAACUUGAAUAUAAAUCAUUACGAGAUCGUAUGUUUGUAUGUGUGGUCAUGAUUGUGUUUAUGGAUGUACUUAUAAUGUAUAGUUAUAGGGCUGCAGUGGAUUCACAAAAAAAAAUCAUCCUAUUUAAUAUUCGAGAUCGCACUUGUAGGUAUCUGUAGGUGUCUAUUGCGUGAUGUACGUGAAUUAAGAAAAAUUUGAUCUACGGUUGUAUUUUUAUUGUAGAAUUAAAUAUUAUCACAAAAAUUAAAAAUGUGUUUUAAUUGCAUAGAAAAAAAAUACGCUUGGCAACUAAACUUUAAAAUAAAAAAAACAAAUGUUUAAAUAUAGCGUAUAAAGUGUGGGGGUACUCUCAAAAAGCACAUCCUAGGAACUAAUUCAAUUUAUAAUAUGUAUUACACAUAAAACAUAAAUUGACCCCCUCCUCCAAGAUAUAUUUGGAAAGUCUUAGGAGUGUUUAUUAAAGUUAAAAUACCACCCCCUUUUGAAUAAACUAACAUUUUGUACAGUAAUUUAAUCUAAUUUGUAUCUCUUCUGUUCACCUAUAAAGCAAAUCGAAUUUUCGAGUUGAAGCUGAUUUGAUCCAUUAUCCUGUCGCUAGACGUGUCUAAAAGUAGAGGCAAGAAGAUAAAUACAUACAUCAAACUACUACCUACUCUUUUUAAAAUACUAAACAGAGUAUCCCACAAUGAUCUGUCAAUUAAAAAAACUAUUUUUCUAUUUAAUAGUUUUGAAAUAUUUUUAAAUUAAUGUAAACAAUCAAAUACUAGUGAUUAUAGCUGCUAAAAGUUGGAGCUAGCUAUUAGAGAGAAAUUUUCAAGAGAUUGGUGGUAGGUACUCAUUAUUUGUGUUGUUGUCGAAAGUAAUUUUUAAAAAUAUUUCUCGAGUGGCUCAACCGCUCGAGAUGCUAAAAAAACCGUUAUUAUUUUAUUAUCGAUGACGUCUUCGCAUGAGGAUUUUUAUAUUCUCACACGUUAUACAAUGUUUAGAUUAGUAAAAAAUAUGUUAAUCUCUCUCAAGAAACGAACGCCCCGUUAUAUUUUUGAUUUUAAUCAUGUUUUUUUUUUUACUAAAUACCAAGUACUCUUGUGAUCUUUUAGUCACACGAUAGAAAAAUAAAUGCAUAAAUGUAAAAUGUUGUGUGGACAUGCCAUUACAUUAUAAUAUUAAUAUCUAGUAUGUAAAAUAUAUCAUUGUUAUACGAAUAUAUAUAUAAAUUUAUUUAACAAGAUUUUUGGGUCUUUUAAAUAAUAAAGCCUCAUGGCGUACAUGUACAAUAUAUGUCUGUGCGAUAAUCAUUCGUAACAUUAUUGGGCAUCAUAGAUUAAUCAACCAAACAUUAAACAUGCCCCUAGUCAUACAUAGUAAUUACGUAAACUCAAACAAGUAUAACGCGUAGCGGUUAUUAAGUCGAAUUUGAAGUAAAUCCAUUUAAACCGGCAGACACUGUCUAAUAGGCUAGUUGAUAAGAGUCUCGGACUUUAUCGCCAAAGUGCGUGGUUAUAUUACUAUGGCGGUAUUAUUUUAUUAAAAUAUCGCCAGAAUUUGUGUACAUCAAAAACUCGUAUAUACGUCAACCGAUGAAACAAACACGAAAUGAAAAAUAAUCUACUGAACGAAACGCACUAGUUGCUGCUGUCGAACGAAAUCGAAUUUUAAUCGAAAAUUUACAGUGUUUACACGAAUGGAUAUUUUUCGUGUUUAUCGGUUCAGAAAGCAGGAUCAUCAUUGACGGGGCAUCUUGACAUGUGCAAUUGAACACUGCUUCGGAACGUAAUAAUAUUACGGACCUUUGCAGGCGGUUAGUCGAAACGAAUAUUCCGGUAGCACUUACCUAAUCUCUCGAUUAAAAACAAACACGGUGACUGUAGGUAUUAUAAAAGUAAUUUUUUUUUUUUUUUUUUUUUAAUAUUGAAAUAGCGCAACACAACACUGUUCUCCACUGAAGCCGACGGGAAACUUGUUUCAUUUAAUAUAAUAUCAAAUAUUGAUUUUCUCUCGUCGACGUUUUCAGGCACGGUUAUUAUCGCGUGUGUGGUGCGUAUUUUUUAUUUUUUUUGUAUAUAUAUAUAUAUAUAUAUAUAUAUAUAUAUAUACAUACAUAUAUAUAAUUAUCGUUAUCAAAGAAUUGCUGUCUGUUUUUCGGGCUCACGCUCGUUGUACGGGUUUUCAUGUCUGAAAUUUAAGUGACUUCCGUCGUGGGGGAAAAACCUUCCGUUGACACGAUCGCGAAUACGAUCGCGUGCACUGCUAUCGUACGGUAUACGGUUUCGGUAGAUCUAAAACCCGUAGGCGUAAAUUUAAAAUAUUAUUAUAAAAUAUAAUUUUCCAAAUCUAAAAAUAUCGACCAAAAAAAAAAAAAAAAACGAAACGGCCAUAAACGUUCUUCGAAAUACUCAGAGGACCUAUAUAAUAUUAUCGACUUUUUGGAGAGACGAUACCGUUCUCGACGUUUUCAGCUGUCAGACAGCAAGCGUAUUCUCAAAUGAAUAUUUCGACCGCUUUUCCGAUCACCGUUACUUUUGGUGGCGGUGGAAAUAUUUUGAUAUACAUCAAAAGCUUUGUAUUCGAUUAUUUAAUAUUUACACGAUGAAUGCCAUUGAUAAACCUGUGUCCAAACCAGAGACGUUAAUAUCUAUAAAGUGGUCCAUACAUAGUUUUAAACUUUACACUGUAUAAUAUGUUUAAUUGAAAUUGGAGUUCAUUUCCGUAAAAUAAAGAUUAUCAUUAUUAUUAUUACCUGAAAAAGCUGGAAACUGCUGCUUGAAUCUACCGUGAGUUUGUGAAUUUAGUAUUUUUCGAAGGUGAAACGGUGUGUAAAGGUGAGGGGUAGUGGUAGCGGAAAUGCGCGUAGAAUAAAUAUACGCAAUAGGGUCGCGCUCGAUACUGUGGCUAAAAAUUAUAUAGAAAUAAAUGUUUAUAUAUUUCAUAACUAUGAGAUAGUGUUGCAGUAGGUAAGAAAUUGGAUUUCGAGUAGGUAGGAAAUAGGUCAACGUUUGAAUCACACAAAUGUUGAAAAAAAUAUUUUGCGUUUUUUCUCAAUCUAGGUUGAGACUGAUUGCCAUAUUAUGUAUAAUAUAACAUAUGCAACAUUUUUUUGACAUCACAGUGUACUAAAAUAACAUUUUCAGAGAUUAAAUGUUAUUGUGUAGUUCUAAUGACAUCUAUUUAUCCAAAAAUGCAAUCUCUCAUAAUUCUUAAUUAAUUCUAAAUUAAUGAAAAAAAUAUAUUUAAAUCGUUAAUUAUAAUAGGUGUACUUAUAUGAAAAGAGAUUUACUGUCAUCCGUUUAAGCAAACAUUAACGAAAUAUCAGGUUUCGUUUUUCUCAAAAAGUACCAAAAACUAAUUCCGAAAAUCUGCCUUUCUGGUACAGGCAAUAUUGUUAAAACGGUUAUUACAACAUGAACACUCUGUAUAUCCGUAGAAAUACGUCAUAUGUGUAUGUGUCUUACAUAGCAUGUAUGUGUAAAAUGUUUUCCCGGCUAAUCGUAAAUUGGUAGUCACCGUGCACAGCGCGUCGGUCGUCCCGAGAGGAUUCGCACUCGAGCGGUUCUCAGGUGUUCUGGUGUGUGAGGGAGGGAACAGGAGAGCCCGUCGACCGGAAUUGAUGCACACAGAAUAUACAAUAACAAUAACAACAAAAACAACAACAACAUCGGAUAUCGGUUAUUACAAAGGGCUUGAGUAACACGAAUUUUUGAAUCGAUUAAAUUUAGUUUUGAUGCAAAUUAAUACCAUCAUAAAUAGUAAAGUAUUAUAUUGGACGUUGUUUUUUACGGAAAUUCCAUUUUAGUUAUGAUUUAUGGAAUAACAACUCUAGUUAGAAAACAGGUAAAAUUAAAAAUUGUUCUUUCGCUUGAAAUGAUGCUAAUCAUAAAACCUGUUUAUUACAAAAAGUUAUCUAAAUAACUAAAUCGGUUUGCAAACAUUGAUACCAAUGUGAAAAGCAGUGUACCAGAUUUUUCCUGAACACAAUUAAAGGAACUAUUAGGCGUGUGUAAUAAAAUUAAAAAAAUAACUGGCAUCUAAUACCUGAAAACCGAAAAAUCACAAAUUACGUUUUAUUACUAACGCGGUAAGUUAGCAAGAAAUUCAAAAUUUAAACUCGUUAAACUCGUUCAUAUUCAGAUACGAAAGUCAGUUUUCUACUAGGUUCUGACUUUUUAGGUAUGUCACUCGGCUAAUUUUCCAAUGUAUUUUAUUUUAUUGGCUAUUGAUGGUGACCGCGUCGUAUAUUGUUAUUGUUGCGCCCUCACUUAGGUUACCGAGGAGGCGGGAAUCACAAACAAUAACCGGUUAAACGUCAUGUGUGAUGAUCACGUCUUAUAAUCACGGCAGUGUGAUCGAUCAUCGCAAGACGGAGACUGUGGUAUCAUCCACGGCGACGACGCCAACGGCCACUACGACGGCUAAGGUGGUGGCCGAGGGGGCGGGGGAUAGCGCGGCCGCCGUGGCCGCGGCCGCAAUCACGUGCACGUACAACAAACUGGACGUGGAGCAGAUCCGCCGGGAGAUCCUAAGUGGUGGUAGUGGGCGCCGGGCCCGCAGCGAACAGGGCCCGCACCCGCGGGACAUACAACAGCAACAGCACCUGUGGGCUGGCGGCGGUCGAGCGUGGGCCGGACGCAGCCCAUGGGCCGUCAAACGCACGUCCGCGCCAGCCAUGACCACGCAAACUAGCGGUUCCAUGCGUGUGGCAUUGGUGCUCAGAACCCGACGGUCGUGGCCUGUGGCCCCGCUCAAAACAAGAAGGUUAGUGUAG